GGCGGUCAAAAUGGCGGGUUGUGGCUUGAAAAGCUCAGAGGAUGACACUUGAAAGCAGAGACCUUUAAAAAAAUCUGGAGACGCUGUAAGAAAUGUCUUUAGCAGCUGCAGACAAGCUGCUCAAGAUUUUUGAUGCGCUGAAAAAUUUCCGCGAAGGAGUUCCUGUUCAGGACCCGAAUCCCUUGGCAAAGUAAGUUUUUCCUCCCCUUGAAUAGAUUAGGGGAUGAUUAUGUUUUAAUCACCUGGUUUUAAAUAUAGAUUUCAAAAUUAUUCUUGGAUUCACGCUGUAUUGCAGGGCGUACCCAAUCGAUGAAAAUCGAUGAUCGGAAAAGCAAUCGAUCAAUCGAUGCCAAUCGAUGCAUGUCAGUUAAUUGGCAUCGAUUGGUAUCGGCCAAUCGAUGACCAAUCGAUAAUCACACAAAAGUGUUCAUGAAUCAUCGAUUGUCAUCGAUUGGGGUUUAAUAUUUUCUCUGAUCAAAAAGAUUACUUCAAUGUAUCACAUCAAAACGAAGUUAUUUCGUACGACAUUUGGUCCAUUUGACAAUUUUAACUACGCAAUGGUUGCGUCGUACCUAGAUCCGAUGCAAAACAUUUAAUUCAUUUUUCUUAGUUUUCCAACAGGUCUCUGCCCACACGCUGAGAACAUGGAAUUGUCAGUAAUUGUCAUGGUUUUGUCAUGCACGUAAAAUUGUACAGCCUUCAACGUUUAUCUAUUAUUUUGAUGAAAAAAAAGAAAGAGUGAUCCACCUGUUACUGCUUUUACUGUUUAUGAUUGAUCUGAUCAAUGCGUACAUGGCAAACGCGAUUUACCUUUACGUCAUUAACACACUGAUGUCAAUUCAAGCAACUUUAAUUUUCGAGGAACUAACUUGUCUGUUUUCCGUACUGCUUGCACUGUUGCUGUUGUUGUUGACCUGUUUUAUGUUUGCGCAAGUAAAUGUAAACUGCUUUUGUGGCGACAGUUGCAGUCUAAUAGACAUGGGUUCUACUGUUUAUGCCGAGGGCUACUAAUGUGCCACUGAUAGGUGUGAGGUACUUUUUGAAAGCGUUAUAAAACUAUUAAUAUCGUUAUAGUUUGAAAGUGAAUUCCUGUAAACUGGACUUCAAAGUUGCAAACAGUUGACACUUUUGGCCACCCCUUCAAAAUUUAUACGCCCGUUUACACAGGCGAUUUUUUGGUGCAAUUUAUGUCGCGAUUUCCACUGCGUAUUUUCUCGCGAUCGUGCUGCAACGAGUUGAUUUUUAUCACUAGCUAGAAUGUCUACGAAACGUGGUAAAUGCGUAAACACGCCUUACAAAAAAAAGAUGAUUUCGUUUUUUCGUAAGGUCACAACGCCUUGUGAUAACAGGUAGAAUUUGAGUUGCAGCGCCGACCGAGACAACAAUGACCAAAAAUCGCAACCGAAACCACGACAACACAAAAAUCGCCUCUGUAAGUAAACUGUAAGUGUUUUCACGUUAUGUGCUAGUUGUUUGGGGUUCAAAGUUCAAGUUUAUUGGUUUUUUAAUAAAAUCAGAUUGUUGUAACUUUCAUCGAGCACAAACCAGAGGAAAGGACGGAAAUGCGAAAAGACAACUUUAUUCAGUUAAGCAGAGUUAAGCUGAUUAUCUGUCAAGUUGUAAAAAAAACUCGAUCUUCUGCCAAUGUCCUCCACGAUGUCAUUGUUUUCGUCAUUAAAAUGCAUCAAGAGACUGUGCCUUUGGAAAUCUUGACUGAAAAUAAAACCUAUCAACAAUAAUAACCAAUAGAUGAAAAUUGGUAAAAAAUCGAUGCCAAUUAAUCGAUUGAUAUUGAUAAUCGAUGACAAUCGAUGCCAAUUAAUCGAUUGAUAUCGGCAAUCGAUGACAAUCGAUGCCAAUCGAUGACAAUCGAUAAUCACACACACCUGGACGAUCGAUUGUUCAUCGAUUAUCAAUAUCAAUCGAUUAAUUGGCAUCGAUUGUCAUCGAAUGCCAUCGAUUCCCAUCGAUCAUCGAUUUCAUCGAUUGGGUACGCCCUGUGUAUUGUGCUAUAGGGUGGUAUAUUUUACGCUAACGUAGCAUGUAUGUUAAUGUGGAAUGAUGCUGUGUAAAAUGUAGCUUCUUUGAAAAGAUGCUGACUUUUAAUUAUCAAGGUUGAACUUUAGCACGUAAGAAUUUUAUUAAGAUAAUCGUCAUGCAAAAUUUAAUACCUAAGACUUAAUAGCAAUGACUUAUACUAUGGCGAAGCAUUCUGUUUUGUCCAGGCUCUAAAAUUUCGCAGGUUGGUUUUAUGUAAUGUACCUUUUUCUGCUUUGUACAAAGUAAAAAGAAUUGUUGCUAAAAUCUGCAAUGAAUGACAGAAUUUUCUUUUCUUUCCCUCUUCCUCCUUUCCUUUGCUGUGCCCCCUCUUUUCCUCUUUUCAUACCUAUGUCUGCAAAGCGUCUGUAGGAAUGUGCAUUUGUGGAGUACUUAUUUGUAGAGGAAAAUCAGGAAUUUCAAAAUACCGUAAAACUCCAAAAAUAAGUCCCUCCGUAAAAAACUGCAUGUUAAAUUGCCCCUCCAAAUAUGAGCCCUCCUGGGGCUUGUGCUUGGAAAUUGCCGUCAAAUACAAAGUAAAACAAAGCAAAAACGGUAAAUUUCCUUCCAACUAUAAGGCUAGCCCUAUCGAUUUUGAAAUGCAAAUUUCCCUUCAUAGAUAAGCCCCUCUGAAUACAAACCCCUCCAGAAAUAAGCUCCUCAAAAAGAGCCUUAAAAAAAAUAUAAGCCCCGGGGCUUAUUUUCAGAAUUUUACGGUAAUGUUAGAAUCAUUAAUUAAUACAGAAGGGCUGUUUCCAAAGGUUUGAAACCUUACCUCUUACUCUGAAGGGAGGGGGGAGGUGGGAGGAGGGGGUGGUGCUACUGGUUAUGCUAUUUUAAAGAAGGGACUUGGAGGGGAGGGGAGGGAGCUAGUCCCCUUCUUAAUUUUAAGAGCAAACUUAAGCCUUACAGGGUGGAGGGACUUAAGAGAUGUUUGGCUAGGGAUGUGUUGCUUGGACCCUGGAACCCUUAGCUUAUACCGGACUUGGUUCAGCUGAAUUUUGCCUCCCUAAACUAGACUUAAUUCCCAAGAUCACUCCCUAUCCUAGGGUCACUAUUUUCCAUAAAUUACAGAGGUUGACACUUUCUUUGCUAUUAUAAUAAUAUGUGCAUUUUGUAGGAAAAAGGAGAGUCUGUUGUCCAAGAAAGAUAGAAUAUCCCACCUUAACAGUGUUCCAGAACUGACAUGUUCUUCAGCAAUAAGGUUAGUUCAAGCACAGUACAUUAAGCACAUUGAAAACUGACCAAAAUCAUUGGAUCAGAUUCUUCUUGUGGAUUCAGUUGUUGGAACAACAUUACAUUAUUAUAUUCACUUUCAUAAAACAAGGCAGGGUUGUAUGUGGUAGUAAUUAUACAUGUGGUCAUUUUGUUACUAGCAUUUUUCAGCAAAGGUUUGGGGCCAACUCUUUAAUUGCCUGGCUAAAGUUUAUAUAAUUAUUGUAUACCAUACAGUCAUGUACUUUACUUGGAGGAAUAUUACUUUUAUUUCACUGAGAAGGUUUUGGAUAUUUAGGUGGCUGUAAUGGAUCAAUAUUUAGUAAGGGAUUAAAAUGUUGUUUUCAAAGGAGGUUAAUGUUUACAAUCAAGUAAUUUUCUGUUCCUUGUUGCUACAUCAGGAACCUGGGGGAAUUUCCCAAGAUCUUAGCCAUAGCAGUAGACUCUUUGUUAUGCAGCUGCGAUGAUCAAGAAUCUGAUGUCCGCUUGGUUGCUGGUGAAUCUCUUAACAAGCUUAUCAAGGUAAACAAGGCUUCAAAGGAAGCUGAACUGCUUGUCAAUUAAGACAACCAUCCCUCAAAUUUACCUGACCAGGACAGUUGAAUUCUUGUUUUUUAAACUCGAGAAAAUGGCUGAAUCCUUUUACAUGUAUUGGGACUUUGAUUAAUGAUUAUUGAUUGUUGAUCGAAUAAUGAUUAUUGGGAAGUACAGUACCGUAAGUGUGGCACAGUGGUGCAUCAGAGCCCUGGCCUCUCACCAAUGUGGCCUGCAUUGAAAUCCAGUAGUCGAUGCCAUUUGUUGAGUUUGUUGUUGGUUCUCUCCCUUGCUCCAAGACAUUUUUCUUUGGGUACUCCAGUGUGCUUCUGUCCUCAAAAACCAACAUUUUCAAAUUCCAAUUCAACCAGGAAUCAGGUACUUAUACGUGAAGAAUCACUAUGUGGAUGUGCUACCUCUAAAUCGUUAUUUAUUUAUUAUUCCAUAUAUUAUUUUAAUUACGACUAUUUUUGUAGAAGAUAAUACAAUAAUUGUUUUAUUAUUAUUAUUUUUACAUGUGUUAUACAUGUAUGCCCAACAGGCAAGUGGCGUGAGCUGCAUGAAAAGUUACUGCCUCAGCUGAAAAAUAUGCUUGAAGAUUUUAAACCUAACAGUUUCCUGAUUGUUGUGAUUGACUAAAAUUACUAUAGGGCAAUCAAAUUAUGUAGAGUGGAAUGUUGCCCAUGAGUAACCUAAUACAACAUGGCAUUUAGUCCUUUAAGUUAAAUAAGACUGAUAUAACAGCUUUGUGUCUUUUAAAAGCAAACAAUAGAUCAGAUGUACAUUAAAGUUUGGUAAAAACAAAACACACUCAGGAGGGAACACUUAAAUAUCAUUGCUGGAAGACUGUCUUUCUCUCUCAAACCCUUCAUUUUGCACUCAUUUAGUUUGAACAAUACUAUUAUGCUUUUAUACAUUGUGUGUUGUAGCGCAGCUGUCGUGCACACUCUCUGUUCACUGUAUCCAUUUCAUUUUCUUAAGAAAAAAUAUUUCAAACUCACUAUUUGAGCUACCUGAGUUGUUAGUCAAAAAGAACUCCUAGCAACCGCUGCUAUGCAACAGGUUGGACAACCAAAAUAUUCUUUGGAUAACUAAAACAAGUCUUGUGGUCACCCCAGAGGCAACUUGAUGUGAAAAAAAUUUUGUCCAUGGAUGUACCCUGUACCUGUCUUGGGCAACUGAAUUGGCCUUUUUUGAGUACUGGAUAAAGUAAUACAGGUAUGCUAAAGAGGUAAUACAUGUACAUGUAGGAUUUUUUGACAUGUAACCCAGAACAUGGCUAUUUCAUAUUUUUAUUUUUCACUGUACAAAUAGGGAUUAAUGGACUAUAGCUUGGGGCGCAUACAUGUAGAGCUGUACAAAGAAAUCAAGAAGGUAUGUAAAAUUUAAUGUUUAGGAUUCUAGAAAAACUGUUAGAUAAAAAAAUAUUAUGAAACUGAGAUAAAAUCCAGAAGAAGUACAUUGUAAGAAGAAGCAAGGUGAAGUGGACUUCCUACUUUGUCUAAACCUAUACCUCUUCACUCAGGCUCAUUCUCUUCUUAGAAUUAGGGGGGAGGGUGGCUCUAGUAAAAAGAUGUCAAGUGAGUUCUGAUAAACUCCUAGAUUCUCCUUUGAAAUUGCCUUAUGUUUGCUUGUGAAAGAAAUAGAGAAUUAUUUGUUUUUCCACACACCCUUCCCAAAAAGGGCUGCCAUACGUAACCCAUAAGUCAUUAUAAGGCACAAUAAAAUAUGGCUCUUUAACCAAAGGUCAUUGGAAGCACCCUUUGUUAAAAAAAUACCUUAUUUAGUUUCCUUUUUUACAAAAUAGUUCAAUGUGUUCUCACGCCAUAACAAACUAUUGUAUUAAUUUUUUAGAAUGGCUCAGCAAGAAGUUUGAGAGCUGCUUUAUCGAGGUUUGGUGACCUGUGCCAUUUGAUAAGACCUCAGAAAUGUCGGUAAGCUGCCUGACAAGGCUGAUAAAAAUUAAAAAACCUUUAGUUAUUUCGAGGAGGUUUCAAGGAUUAUGAAUAAAUAAUUAUUCCACUGUCAAAUCACUGGACUUCCCUGGGACCAGAAAAAAUGCAGCUUUUUUAUUAUUGUACCGGGGCGUUGAUUGCAGUGAUGUUACAAACUUUGAAACUGGCCCUUGAAGUUGGCAAAUUGAUCAUAACUUAUGGAAUCCCUUGAGGCAUGUCCAGAUGCUUCAGUCGAUCAGUCAGUCAGUCAGUCAGUCAGUAAGUCAAUCAAUCAAUCAAUCAUCCAUUUACUGCAUCCACCUAUCAUCCAAUGAACUAACAAGCUUGUUCAAAAUAUGUACAAUUACAUGUAAACAUAACAUCUACUUAAAAAGAGAGAAUUUAAAGAAAUUCAAAUGGGUUAAUGAACUGUAUCAUACAUGUGUAGAAACUACAAAAGCUACACUUGUGUACAUCUACUAGUACACUGUAAAUGAACCAUUAUGGGGGUGUCUGUUAUGUCCGUUUUGUUAGAUUAAGUGCAGAAAAUAAAUUGCAGGUCAAAUUGAUGUAGUUCCUUUCAGCCCUAGUCCCUCUUGGUCAAAAUAGCCUUAGCAGCAUCUCACUGAAGUGAAUGUUUAAGUCCCCAAUACAUCAACAAGGCAAAAUACACUGUUCAAACCAGUUGGAAUCAUUUGACCUAAAGUUCCUAUUGAAGUAAGCACUGCAACAAAUGCCAAAUUUUAUCAAUGGAAAUAAUAUUAUUUACAAGCCCUAUAGAGAGGAGAAGACAUAGUGUGACAUCACAUUACCAUGGUAGUAAAAUUUUUGGAUCACAACAAAAGGGAGCUUAGGCAACAACGACGGCGACAGCAACGAGAACGGCAAAAAAAACAAUAAGUUUAUAUUAGUAAAACAGCAACUUUAAUUUGCAUGUGCAUCACAUUUUUUAGCCAUUGUUGCACGACUGCAACAUGAAACUUCCUAGAUCGUGUCCGCUUUACAGAGUAGGUGAACACAACACAAAAAGUUUCUUUUUCUGUUUCUAAACUCAGAUACAGUCCUUUUGGAUUCAAUCCAGAACAUUUCGCCAACAUUUGACAAAUUAAAUGAAAUUGAAUAAGAUUGAUGAAGUUUGAAACAGUGCGAAUAUACUUUUUAAGUGAAUUUUCUGUUGUUUGUCAUCCAAAAAUUUUGCUACCAUAUCAACAUGACGUAACGACUUCUCCUCCCUAUUUAUCAUGUGUGUUAACAGUGCAUUUUAAUUUAUUUUAACUUGAUGUGCUCUUUUUUCCCCAGACCUUUUAUUGCAAAUUUGUUGCCAUGUAUAGCUCGCAUCAGCAUUCGUGUGGAGGAUGCCAUACAGGUAUUAAGAUAACAAGACUGUUGAUUUGAAAUUAAAUUAUUAGAGAAUGAUUGAAUGCCUUCGCAUUAUUACUUAUCUGUACAUAACAAAAAAGUAGCAUUAAAUCACGUUAAUUCAAUGAGGACAUGUAUCAUUUGAAAGAUCUCUUUCCCCUGUGGAAGUUGCGUGGAGUUCAAUUAAGUUGUUCAUGUCUGAUAUAAAAAAUUGACAAUGUGACAAGUAGUACAAGGGGGGGAGUGUCAUGUACCAUCUGAGGGGUCACCCGGACCACAUGCUAAUUUUUCUCGUUAUAUUUACAGCAUGCAAAGAAAGUAGUAUCCGAUAGCCUGGGGCUGGUGGAUUUUGGUAUCGGGCUAGUGAAUCCUGUUCACAACUUCCCUAGCCUUUAUAUUUUUACAGGCUGCCCCCUUCGACCUAAAAAACUGGCACCUGCUACACUGUACACAGGCCAAACAUGCCUUAUGGGCAAGUGAAUUGUUUUGAGGUAUUCAAAUUACAGAAGAACUGCAAAAUCAAUUUUGCAUAUCAAAAAGUUUUUGGGGCUAUACUAGUUGAAAUGAUGUUUAGGCUAGUAAAUGCUAGCUUCAGCUUGCCCAAAUGGCAAGCUGUAAAAAUGACUUUCUUUGCACCCUGUGUUUACCUUAACAUGCAUAUUUCAUCUGUCAGGUCAGGAGCCUUCUUUGUCAGGUCAUUGACCUGAGACCCGUCUCUUUAUAUCUGGAAUAAUGAAGGGAUGUGAUACAUGUUGUACAGCCCCCAAAUGCCUAACCAAAUAAAAAAAUGGAUAACCUAAAAUCAAACUCCAAAAAACUAAGGCACUUUUAUGAAUGGUGAUUGCACACUUACUUCUGUACCCAGGCUUCAUGUGAUCCACACAGCAAUUUUAAAAAUUGCCAGGACAUUGGCCAUGUUUUGGCUGUGUUUGUUUGUAGUCCCACGCUAUCAAUUGUCAUCAGUAAAUGGUUCUUCUUGACAAUGUAUUUCUCUUAAAUUAAAGGAAACACUUGCCAUUGCCAUGCAAAAGAUGAUGUAUGUUCUGGGUAGUUUCACAAGUGACACUGAAGUGAAGGUGGGCAUAAAUUAUUUACUUUAACACUUAUUAAAAGCUUUUUAUAUGACAGUAGAUCAUCGCAGUUAUAGACGCAACUUUUGCAGUUGCGAAAAGAAAGCCUGAUCUACUUUCAUAUAAUAAUUUCUUCACCCUGCAAUUCUCAUAUAUGAUUUUCAUAUAUUCAUAACUUCGUCAUCAUCCUUUCACGGGUUUAUAACGAACCAAUUCAACGACCUGCUCCCUGUUGGCUUGUUAGCUCAGUUGGUAAGAAUGCUGCACCAGUAUCACAGAUGUCAAGGGUUCGAAUCCUGUACAAGCCUGAAUUAAUUUUCAGGCUUUCUUUUCGCAACUGCAAAAGUUGUGUCUAUAACUGCGAUAAUCUACUUUCAUAUUUCUUCACCCCACAGUUCACAUAUAUGAUUUUCAUAUAUUCAUAACUUUACAGCUUUUUAUCUAAAUUGAGAGGCAAGUUUUCCUACCUAGAGGUAAAUGAUGAUUUAUUUAAUGCGAAUAAGCUAUUAAUUUGGAAAUUUCUCAGAUAUUUGUUUUGAUAUUAUAAUAUUUUCUGUUUUGUUAAAAGCAAUUAUUAAAAACGUUUCUACCAAACCUGCGAUCCACAUCUGCGACAACCAGACGAACAGCAGCAAGUAGCCUUGUCAUCAUUUGCCGCUUUUCUCGGAAACCAACUUUUUUCUAUGAGUGGCUGUUGAAUAUUCUUUUGGGUGAGUUAUUAUUUUUAAAAAAAUAUUUCUUCAUUAUCUUGAAAGUUGUGACAAGUGAAUAGAAACAUUGGGUUUAAUGUGCAAUUUAUUGGACCGUUCAAGUUAGACACAAAGUUCAAGGCAUCAUAAACUUGUCCAACAAAAUUGUGUAUGAAAUUAUUGACUUAAUGCUUGACACAUUAAAUAAAAAAAUCACUUUUAUAGGUUACACUGCAUUCUUGUAAAAUUCAUAAUACUUGUUCUUUACACUUCCAGUAAUUGAAAAAUAUGUACUUUGUCAACUCCCAUUUUGAUUUUUCUUGUUAAUUAUUUUAACCAGGUAUGGUAUUGCCAUUCCAUGAAGACAAAGAUUCCAAUGUUUAUCUUGGUGUUCUUAUGUGUUUACGGCACAUGAUCCCUAACUUGAAUAGUUCUUCCUCCAAUGAGCAGAGAAUGAAAGGUUUACGUGGCAGCUUUGGAAGUCAGAGAUCAUUUUCUAGUGAUAGCCCUCAUGCAGAUGAACACAUCAAAUCAAACCAGCUUCUACAGGUUUGCACAAAAUAGUUUUGAACCUCCAUUAAGCAGCAACCUGUUAAACCAGCCACCCUCUAUUAAGCUACCAGUAACCAAAUUCCUAAAAUAAUUGUAGAAAAGGAUUGUAAAAAGGAUUUAAAAACGAGUGGGAGUGUUUUAUCAGGCGAACUUGAAAAACUUGAGGCGAAGCCUAGAGUUUUUAAACCUGAUAUAGUUCGCCAUUAUCACAUAGACCAUAAUGCACCUUGUCCGCCCCAAAAAAAAAAAAAAAAAAAAAAAAAUUGUAUAACUAUUGUUUCCAAUUUCUCCUGGGUAUUACAGUCAUCCCAAGAGAAAUUGAAGACAAUGGUUGUGCAAAAAUUUUGGGGGGUAAAUAACGUGCAUUAUGGUCUAUGUGAAAAAUAAUCAUGUGGUGAAUACAUGACUGCGAGUUUUUUGAACGGCUUCAAAAUCUCUGAUAUAGAGUAACUUAUUCUUGAACUAAUGUUUUAAUUUUGUGGUUAUUUUGGUCUAAAACAUUGGUUGUAAAGUUUAGCCGUGUCUUUAUCAGUUUUAAAGACACUCAUUAAACAUUAAUUUCUUUUGUUUUUUUUUCUCUAUGAAUUAUUAGUGUCAUAUAUUUUUUUUAUUUCUUAUUAGGCUUAUGAAGUGAUUAUGUAUUGCACAAAGCACCAAAAUCAUAACGUGGUGACAGCUUCCUUAGAAACACUGCUUCAGCUUCUACGCACUCCUCCUCCCACUCUCUUGUCUGUUCUUUUGUCCUGUGAAGGAAUCACGCCAACUGCCAGUUCUGAUACUUUAAAAGAAGGUACUACAGUUUAUUAUAAUAAUUGGCAAUGCAUAUAAUAAUAAAUAGAGUAUUAAUUAAUAAGGCAGGUACAUGUUCAGGGUACAAAGUUAUGUCAUUUUUGAGCUUUUGUGACAACUAUUUUGUCUCUUAAAAUUUGGUAGAUGUACCAAAAUUUUAGUAAUAAAAGUAAUAAUUGUAGUAUUUAAGUAUGUGUAAUCAAAUGGUGACGAGUUAAAUUAGGGAAUAAUUUCACGUGCGUUUUGUCCAAAAACCUUAAUAUCAUGGGUGACGAAUUACGUUGGCAAUUGAGGAUUUUGGACUUGUUUAUCCUGGAUCGUAUCGAUCGAUCGUGAACUCCAGUCUCUCAAACGUUUAGAGCUAAAAUUUGGCUUAAGUUUUCAGAAUUUUUCGACAACAUACCUCUAAGAAUCCUUCUUGGUGUGCUCUUUCGUGUGUUCAGGUUUUCUAAAGCAUCUUUUUAUGCCCUGACAUCUUCAUUCAUGACAUUUUAAAACUUCGUCACCAUCUUGAAAUGGAGUCGUACGGCAGGUUACCAUGGCAAUUUAGUAAUUUCACAUGUGAAAUUACAAAUUAACACUGAAAUUUCGUGCCAGAAUUAAGGAGUAAUUCGUCACCUAUGAUAUUAUAAUGAUUAAUUAACUUAUAAUAUCAUAAGUGACAAAUUACUCCACCUUAAUUUUGGUGCAAAGUUUCAGCAUUAAUAUUAUUAUAAUUUCACAUGAGAAAUUUUAAAAUUGCCUUGACAACCUUCUGUACAUCUCAGUGCCAAGUUUUAGAAUCAUGUAGAAUGUUGUGAAUGAAGAUGUCAGGGCAUUAAAGGACACUUAAAAAACCAAACACAUGAAAGAGCACAUCACGAAGGAUUUUAAUAGGUAUUUUGUCAAGAAAUUCUGAAAUUAUGUACUUACAUGUAAGCCAAAAUUCAAGCCCCGCCGUGUUCAUCGCGAGGAGUCCUCAGUCGAUAAUCAUUUUGAUGAACAAUGUCAAAAACCUACGAUUGUGAGCCUAGUCUGUCACCCAUGGUAUUAAUGGGUAAUCAAAUGGUAUACUCAUGAAAUUAGGGAAUAAUUUCACUUGUGCUUUGUCCAAAUCCUUACUAUUAUUAUUAGGAUUUGGACAAAAUGCACGUGAAAUUAUUCCCUAAUUUCACUCAUCACCAUUUGAUUACACAUACUUCUUCGUUGCAAGUGAAGGAAUCCACUGGAAAAAAGGCAGUUUCAUAAGCCAUUCUUGGACUUUAACAUUAGAACUACCUUUGCUGCUGCCAUACAUAUACAUACUACAUUGUACUCCUACUACUCUCCAUGGACGGGAGUAAUUCUCCAGUGUCAAUAUUAAUAUGAUGACAAGUUAUCUACACAGCUUUAUGUGAGCAGUACACAAUAGUACGUGUAAUUUGUGGAGAGACAACCUGAAGCAAUGUUCUUUGUGGAAAAAUUAAUAGCAGAGAGCGAUGCUUCUAUAAACUGGCCACAACUGUCUGAUAUGGUACUGAACCUUUUUAUAAUAUUUUCUGACAACUUAUUCACUGUAUUUGGUGUCCUUCUUUAGGCUUGGAGAGUCUUGAUGAAACACCAUCUGAGGCUGAUUCAGGUACAGAUGAAAUUGAAACCGCAUCUACCACAGAGAGUACUUGCAGUACUGUAGAUACAGGAAUGGGAGGUUCUCUAGCUGCUGAUUUUGAUGGUGAGCAAGUUACAGCUGAUGAAAUGCUGAGGUCACCCGAGCUGGAUCAUCUGCGUUUACAUGGGGACUCCACAGUUAGUGAAGCUGAUGAGGCUAAAGAGGAAACAGAGGAAGGAGAUCUCUUUAAUUACAUGUCAACUGCAGAGAACUUGGCAAAUAGAAAGUCAACCAGAUCUUUGUCAGAUCCUGGACAAUUAGCUGAUAAAGAUACUGUUUCAACUAGUGAUACUGCUUGGACUAACUCAAGAGACACACAAGGAACUUAUGAUUUUGUACCUCGUAAGGAUAGUGAUGGCUUGGAACAAGAAUUGACGUCAUCAAAUGAUGAUGAUGUCAUUAGAACAGAGUCAAUAUCCACGCAGGAAAUAAGACUGCUUGUUGAGCGUAGCUUUCAAAUCGAUGCCGUGGCAUGUUCAGGAGUUCCUCUUGUUCACUGCACUCGUUUGAUGUGCUCAUUUCUUUUGUCUGGAAACCCUGGUGAAAUGCUCUCAGAUUCCAGUGUGCGUGUCAGUGUAAAAUCGUUGGCACUAUCUUGCAUUGCUCAAGCAGUCAAACUAUACCCUGAAGCUUUCUUGGUGCGGGUGUUACCUGAAUCUUCAGGGGAAUCUGAUGAGGAAGAAAUGCACAGAUCAAGUCCCCAGCUUGUGCGAGACAUUCUUCUUUUUAGUGACCAUGGAGACCCACAGCUGCGGGGAAGUCUAGCAGCUGUGAUUGGUAGUGUUAUCAGAACUGGGCUAAAGAAAGGAAGGUGUGUUUUAAUUACUGCAUUGUUUUUAAAAGGAGCUACAAACAUCAGUUGGUCAUCAGAUAACAGCAGAGCUCCAUGUGCAUACUAAGUGUGCAUAAGUGGAGCCACAAAGCUAAGAAAAUUUGGUUAUCUAUCCAUCCAAGAAAUUUUGGUAGUCACGUGACCGCCUCCUUCUGUCCCCACCACAGGGUAACCAAUUUGAAAUGCCACACUUUCUAGCUAGUGUGGGAGCCUGCAAACUGAUAUUGCACAUCCAUGUUUAUUGAGAGCAGCCAUGUCUCAUGAAAUCCUAUCUGCCAUUGGACAUGAAAACCAGACAGCGCCUCUCAAUACUUUGGAAACUAAAGAUUUGCAUUAUUCUUUAAUGAAAAAAAUAAUGAUGACCGACAGCUUUUCUUGUUUGUCUGAUUGAAAAGGUUGACUUGGUGGGACAAACUGAUGUCCUUGCUGAAUCCGUAGUAGAGUGUUAAAUGUGUUUUGUGGUGUUGAAGUUAUCUCAGUAGAUUACUCUGUGUUAUCAAAUUUGUAGGCUUGAUUUUGACACUUGGUGCAUUGACAGCUGUCAAGAAAUGGAGACAGGUAUUAGAAUCUAAAAUCUGGUAGCCCUUUGUUUUACAAGCACAGUGAGCCUCUACAAAGGCUCAAUAGAUGUUACUGUUUUAUGUUGGAGUGAAGGAAACUCAUUGCUCCAAGUGCAGAUUCCUAAGAUUAAUGUCAUAUUUUCUUUUCAUUCAGUCUGGUGUUUUCUAAAACUAUACUUAUUUAAAGAUAAAAAUCAAUAUGCUCACAAUAUUAUUAUUUCUCUGUGAAUCAAGGUUAUUCUUAUUUGCAUUGACUGAAAUAUCACUUUAAAUAAAAAAAAAUAUAAUUACUGGCUACUUAUUAGACCAUUUGACCAUUUGUUACCGUCCAUUGGAGCUCAUGCAUUAACAGCCACCUUUUAAAGUGUCUUUUUAUUAUCAUUUUUUUAAUUAUUAUUAAAUGUUCUCAAAACAUAGCCAAAGUCUUAAAGUCUUAAUGAUGCUGACAGUUUCGAUGACUGUCAGCCAUCUUUGUCGAAACUUGGAAAUCGUCAAAGGUGUCAGAAGCCUUAAAAGGCUUCUGAAGGUGACAUUAUUGCGAUAAACGUGCCAAGUUACUCUGUAGAUGCCCCUCCCCCUCCCCCUCCUUGGUGCGUUUAUCGCAAUAAUUAACACCUUCAGAAGCCUUUUAAGGUGAGCUUCAGAAGCCUUUUAAGGCUUCUGACACCUUUGACAAUUUCCAAGUUUCGACAAAGAUGGCUGACAGUCAUCGAAACUGUCAGCAUCAUUAAGACUUUACGACUUUAGCUAUGUUUUGAGAACAUUUAAAGAGAUAUUAACUACACUAGCCUGAUGAAUUUCGUCAAGUAUUAUUAUUAGUAUUAUUAUCUGAUAAAUGCUUUUCAAUUUUUUUUUACUCAUUAAGCAAAUUUUCUGUCUUUAACAAAGUACAGCACCCCUUUAUAACUGUACAUUAAAACUACAUGUAUUUCCUGGGCUGUGUUCUAGCUGCAGCCAGUGGCCCCUGGCACUUGAUGUUUCUUCCUACCGGGCUACUGGGCAAUCUUGUAGCUUUCUCAUAGAAAUCCUAUGCUGGGUACUGUGGAUUUCACUGGUUCACAGCACAAGGCUCCCUUCCAUUUUUCUUAGAACACCUUACAGCCUUAACUUCAAUGACCUACAGAUGUGAUCAUAACAUGUUACCACAGACCUUUAAAUCAAAAUCUAUGUUGAGGGGAGGAUUUGAAUCCCAUAAGAUGGGUCUCUGCAGACUUUUUCUUUGUUCCAGCUACACUCAUUAUUACAUGAUAAACAUCAAAACUUUUCUUAUUUUAAUUCUUCUUCUGAUCAUUAUUGUAACAGUCCCUCUGGCACUUGAAGACUUGGUCCCAGUGUUGAAGUCGAUUCUACAAGAUGAAUCUCCCGUUGCUAUAAGACAAGCCUGUUCCUCCCUUAAGGUAAACACAUCUUGCCAUCUUCAAACUUUGCAUUGAUUUGAACACAUGAGCUUGGUAACCUCGUUGCCAGGUUCCCCUCCUACUUGCUUCUGGGAAACUACCCACUUCUCACUUGGGCAAAAUGUUGGCUUAGGGGAGGGGUAGGUUGGCAGAUCCCCAGAAACGUAUGAUCCCUUGUUUCUGCAGGAGACGAGUACAUGUAGGAGAAGACCCUGGGAACCUGGUUUAGAAGCUUGGAACAUUCCAAGACAAAGUCAGUUUCAGUCAAUCCUUCAAAAAGUUAUAUAAAAUGGACAUUUCUGUUAAAGGGACAGUUUUUCUCUCAGGAAAAAACACCACCCUGAGUAUUAUGUUGAAUUGGAAAUUUUCACAGUUACUGGUAGAUUACUUUGUUCCUCAGGUUAAUUUCCUUAAUAAAAGACAAAUGCAAAUACUUUUAUUAUAAAUUAGUAACUUGGUGAUAAAAAAGGCAAAAGCAAAACAAACAGCAAAACAAAAUGAACAGAUAGCAUUUAUUUAAUGUUACAGGUCAAAAUUAAAUUCAGGUUAAAAUUUUUUAAUCUAGGUUGAUUCUCAAGUCCCCUUGUCUCCUAGCCCUAGUUAUUCAUGAAUGAUUAGGGCUAGGAGACAAAGGAAAUUGAGAAUCAACUUAGAUUAAAAAAUUUUAAUACAGACACUGCGGGGGCCAUAGAAAGUGUCCAUAUUAACCUGGUUUUCGUAGAGUGGGGUUUGAACAUAGAGUAAAUAGGUAUUACUUAUAAUGUUGAACCAUUGCAGUACCUGUAAUUGUGUUGUGGAAUUGAAUUUACUGCCGCAAGUUUUGUUUAUGGCAGAUACAAAAUUAAUAUUACUGGAGACAUUUUAAAGCUGAACUGGCUCCCAGGUGAUCAUGAUGAGAGAAGGGAUUUUAAUUUGCUUAAGUUGACUUUUAAAGCACUUCAUGCUAAGCAGUGCAUGGCCUUCAUAUUUAAAGUUACUGAGCGUGUCUAUAUAAAAGGAACGUUCCAGGACACUAUGGCUGCUCUAAUUAACUUCCUGGUGAAUCUUAAAAUGUGUGGUGAUUUUAAUCUAUUUACUUCGCUCAUUUUUAUGUUCUUAAAGAACUGGGCACAGGCCAGCUUAUCUUAAUAAUAAUAAUUAUUAAUUAUUGUAUUUUAAGUUUUACUCAUAUGAUCGUUGUAAAUAUUUUCUCUUUUAAUAUUGAUAUUUAUCUAUUUUUUUGGUAUAUGUUUAUUGUAAAUGUUUGAUGCAUACUUUUAUUUAGUAACAGAUAAAGAGCCACAAUGUGGAAACCCUGUCAUUAAACCUAUUACUUACUUACUUACAACGUGUAUAUAUCUGAAAGCAAAUAAAAUUUCCUAGGUGCUAUUUUUCCUCAGAAUUGUUUCUCUGUCCUAUGCUCAAGCAAGCACCCCAAGAUUGCUUUAGACCUGCUGAAUACUGUUUUAUCCUUGAGAAACAAUACUUACUGGCUGGUUAAGGUACAGACUUUCUUUUAUUUUUACUUACAUAGCAUGGUGAUUUAGUAAUGGCUUGAAAUGUUUGAACAACCUUGCUCACCAAUCUUCAAACAGGGAAAAUCAAUUGAUACUCUUACUUGUUUAAAACAUUUGUGCUUUUUCUCCAAAACCUUUCUUUUAAAGAGUAGCCCUUAUUAAAGUUUUUUUUAAACCAUAACAUUGUGAAAGCUUAUCUUUUAUUUUUGUGUUAAUUAUAGGUUGAAUUGCUUGAAAUACUUGAGGAGGUGGAUUUCAGGUAGGACAAUGGAUGAAAGUUACAUUUCUCUGACACAUUUCUGUAGUCGUACAUUAAUAAAUAAAAAAGUUUAUAAUAAUGGCAUUGAUAUAGUUUUUUUCAAAUGAACUGCAGUGUUGAAAUGCCAGAUCUUUCAUUUAUUUCUGUUGAAUUGUACACUAAAAGUAUCCAGUGUGAAUAAUAAUGAUAAUAUUAAUUUACUAGUAGUUCUAUUAUUUCUUUUCAGACUGUUGACAUUUCUCAAAAACAAAUUUGAAUACCUGCAGGAGUCCGGAAAACAGAGAUUGUUUGUAAGAAAUAUUUGAUUUAUUAUAUAAUGUUAGAAAUCGUUUUGAAUAGCUUGCUGGACAGUUUGAUUUCUUCAUAUUAGAGCUGAAUAUCAGUUGAUGUGCUGGCUUCAAUAUGAUUGUGCUUUCUACUAUUUUCUCCCUAAAACACUCAAAAGCAAACAAUUUGCCAAGUACAAAUUUGCUGUUUACUCUAUCAUGAUCUUCUAUGGAGAAAAACAAAAUUUUGUUUGUAGCCAUCUAUAAAGGUGAAAUAAAUCUUCAGCAGGGGUGGGGGAAGAAAAAAUGCAGAAACCUACCCAAAAUGCCGUUAGUGUUGCAAACUUUAAGAUGCUUGUGAAAGUUGGUUGAAGGGUUGGAAAUGUGUGGGCCCCUUCUUGCCUCAGUGGUGCUUAAAAGGAUAAAAAUACAGUGAAACCUGUACAUACAUACAUACAUACAUGCAUACACACAUACAUACAUGUUUUAUUUAUUUGGAGUCUUUCCAAAUAACUAAAAUUACAAACAACAAAAAAUUCGUAACCAUAUGUGGCUAAUAAGUUAUAUAAUGGCCCUGUAUAUAGUGGUCACCCUGUAUAUUAUGGUCACCAGAUGACUUCCCAAAAUAAUAUUUUCAGUUGGCCUAUAUAAGGAUAAAAAUACAGUGAAACCUGUACAUACAUACAUACAUACAUGCAUACACACAUACAUACAUGUUUUAUUUAUUUGGAGUCUUUCCAAAUAACUAAAAUUACAAACAACAAAAAAUUCGUAACCAUAUGUGGCUAAUAAGUUAUAUAAUGGCCCUGUAUAUAGCGGCCACCCUGUAUAUAAUGGUCACCUUGCCAUUUCCCUAGGGUGACCAUUAAUUGUACACAGGUUUGACUGUAGUACUUUUUGCAUAAACGUUUGAUAUUUUAGUUAACCAAAUGUUUUGAAGGGAAAGCGAGGGUGUUAAGAAGAGUUUUAGGGAUUUUGUACUUUCCAUGUGAAGUUUAUACCAGCCAAAUGAAUAGCAGGUUGGAAGCGUUUUGAUGCAUUUGUUCCUUAAUCUUCAGAAAACUAGCUUGCAAGAUGAUUUAAUCAACAGAGUGGUGCUUUAUUUGUUGGAAGAUGAUGACAUCAGAGUUAGACAGGCAUCUGCAAAGUGUUUAGCUAGGUAUGGUCAUAUGAUAACUUCUCUCACCUCAAUGCAAGGAGUUUCUCUUUUCCAUUGUCCCUAUCAUAAGUGUGUGAUCACAGACGCUGCUUCUGUCUUAAUCAGAUGCCCAAAUGUAGAUUCCUAGGCAUUCUUAUCUCACACACCACAAAUACAUGUAAGACCACAAAUGUUAUCCUACGUUUCUCAUCAUUUGCAUUUUCACUUCCACUCGCAAUUUUACUCCCAUUCGUUUUGUCAUUUCUCUGUUUCCAUUCCCAAUCCUAUUUUUAUUGUCAUACUUUUACUUUCCUAACCAGGAGCACAAAUGAGGUGAGAUAAUCUUGGACAGCUUUUAAUCAGUAUUUUGGAUCAGUAGUCAGUACUUUUAAACAAUCAUGAUUAUUUCAUUCAUAUUAUUUUCCAGCAUUGUUCCUCACCUCUUCUACUCACUCAAUAAUGACACACAGUCUGUUGUCAUUUCUGCAGCCCAGAGUCAAAUCAGUAAGUUUUAUUGUAUUAAUGGGUAACUUUAGCAGAUAUUGAGUUGCCAGAAAAAAGCAAAUGAAAGAGAGAAAUUAGGAAGGAAGGAAGGAAGAAUGAAAGGAAAUAGAUACAUUUUAAAAUGUAAACCAACUUGUGCAUUCAUUGGGGCAUUAAAAAUGUAUUAAGGUGGAUAGAAGAAGAAGAAAAUUUUCUAAAUGAUAUUAUGACAUCAGAACUUUUUGCUUCAUUUGCAAAUAUUAUCAUGUAAUGCUAAAAUUUCACAAUUUUUAUCAAAAUCUGCUCAUAACUUAUCUGGCAUACUAAUUUUACUUAAAUGCUGUGCUGUUUUUCUGCUGUUAUUCCUGAUGCUGUUCUUUUAGCAAUGCAUUUCAAUAUUACCUGGCUCUUGUUUGGGGAUAUGACACUACCUUUUGUUAAUAUUUGGGAUGUUUUAGGUGGACUGAGUAUUCAGGAGUCGCAGAGUAAAGGUUAUACCCAGUCAGUUAUUGACACAAACCUGUCAAGAAUAGUGUCUCUUAUCACAAACAGGUUAAAUCAUGCCACAUCAAGAACCUCCAUGGUAUGGCAAUCAAACAACAUAAUUAUUUUUCAUUUCUGUUUGCUAGUUGUUGUUAUAGUCUUUUUGUCUUCUUGAUCCUAAUCCAUACUUCUGGUCCUCUCUGUCUUAUUCAUUAACCCUCUAAACCCUAAGAUCAAAAUUUGAAUUCUCAUUUGUUGCCUCUAUUCAUUUCCUAGAGAGGAAGUGGGGAGAAGUUGAUAAAAUAUCAAGCAAAUUCAUCUUGUGUGAUCAUGUCUGUAAUUCUCAUGACCACUCUGUUGUACAAAGCAUUGAUAUUACAAGGAGAAAUUUGAUGCUGAUCACUCUUAGGGCUUAAAGGGUUAAGGUUUUAUUCAAAAUAUUCUUUUAAAUCUCCUUGUUUUAAUUUUGAGUUUUAUUCUAAGCUUAGGAGCUCUUAUUGGCCAACAAAGGAACUUGUUAGCCUCUUUCAGUUAUUGUUUAUGAAUGACAGACAGAAGAUGAAAGAUAGAAAUUACAACCUAUUGAAACAGUCUUUUCCUACCGCUAAUUUACAAUCCUCUCUCGGGGAUUCGUAACUUUUCUGUUACACAACCUAUCACCUCACAACGCUGAUGAAGUUUGAGUGACUCGGACGAAGUAUUCGUUUCGUUUUUUUGCUCUGAGUUUUGGAAUUGUCUUUACUAAAAGUAUUUUCAUAGAGAAAUGCUUUUCAAGAAGCAUUUGAUUUUUGUUGGUGCCAUUGACCAGGAGAAACAAAGACUGAAACAAAAAUAUCUACCUCUUAAGCUUGUAAAUACUGUUUUCCUGUAAAGGUCAAAAUAAAACUUACAAGCUAAAGACUUCUAAUGAUUUACAUCCAGAACCCCAUGACUAAAUGCAACAGACAUUUUAAUUAAUUUAAGGUAAUCUCAUUUUGACAGCUUGGUUGUAUUCAUGUUUUAACACUACUCACGGACGCGUUCCCUGUUGCAAUCCAUCCUGAAGCUUGGGGUUGCAGUGUAUCACUUUCAUGCAAAAGUCCCCUACCCACCCAUCCCAUAGGACCAUUCAGCACACCUCCCAGACCCUCAAGUCCCAGUGCUGCUUGUGCAGGGGGAGGAGGACCUUUGUCAUUAGCUGUGAGCAGUAUGAUAUCUUCAUGGCUGGCUUAUGACUUCUUUGCACAUCAGCAGUUGUUACAGGUAAGUUCUGGUUUUACUUAAAUCAUAGUUUGAGCCAUGGUCUGUCUAUAUUAUGAUAGUUUUUAUUAUGAAUAAGGGUCUUUUAAUAAUGGUUAUUAUAAGAAAUAUUAUGUGGAUAAAUUUGGUAACAAAUAGCUAUUGAAGUUUGAUGAUGGUAUGCACUGGAUAAAUCUCAGUCCAGUGGAUACGGCAAAUGAUUUCCUUAAAUCUUAUUUGCUGGAUAGUGGUAAUUUGUUCACGUGUUUAUAAUACUCGCCAUGUAUACUAGUGGUAUAGUAGCUCUCUCCUUCGCAGAGACUUUUGCUGGAUAUUCCAAUAAAAAUUGCAAGUAGUUAAAAAAUAAUAAGCGCGCGGUGGACGAUGGGAAGAGAGAAAGGGUGGCAUCAUUUCCUGUCUUUCCCCUUCCCAUCGUCCCUCGCGCUCUUUCCAGUUUUUCCUCUCCCCAGCCUCCUUAGGACACAAAGAGGUCAGCGUCUCUGUGGAGGAGAGUGGUAUAGUCAUCUUUUAGUCCGUUCUGUGCUACAGACACUGGUUCCCAUGGCCUUGGUGCACUCUUACUGCUCUUACUUCCUUUUUCAUAAAACAGAUUGCAGGAAGUAUCUUGUUUGGUGCAGGCUGUAGUGGUAUCCAUGUGGCACUAAAGCUGUACUCUGAAAGAGGUCCCCAUGAUCAACCGCUAAGUUCAGCUGAGAACUGGAGCAUAUUCACUGAUGGUGCUUUGGCACCUCAGGCAGAAAAGCUAAUCUAUCAUAUUAUAAGGUAAAGUUAUAGAUUUCACUCUCUACGGGUGAUUGUGUAUGGAAUGUGUGCUGAUCAAAUUAAGAUUUGCCUCAGAAAACAGCCAUCGUUUCCUGACACCACAACUGGUUUCCCGCAAAAUGACGUCUGAGGGACGAAUGCAGAAAUUCCAUACUGAUGACCUGGGUAGUACUUCUGAUUUGUUGAAGCAAAUAUCCCUCGCGGCACGACUAAUCAGAAGUGCUUUAAGCACUACCCAAUCUGAGCAGUGACACGUCAUCAGUAUGCAAUUUCUGCUCUCAUCCCUCAGACGUCAUUUUGCGGGAGACCAGUGGUUACAUCGCGUAAUGUUGGCUGUUUUCUUAGGCUAAAUUGAGAUUUACAAACUAAGGUUUUGAUGUUUGUAUAGCCGCUAGUUUGCCCGUUGGAUUUUUUUAUCGUUUAAAAAAAUCCUAUGGGCAAAUGUGACAGCUGUUAUUUGUUUGCUGCAAAUGAAUCCACGUUUAGCAUUGCAAAACGUUUGGACCUACAUGCAAGGCGGAACCAAAUUUUAUUGCGAACCCAACCCUGCAGUGAUGCUCAUUGCAGUAUUCAAAGCAUGAAUGCAUUGGUGAGAGGCGAUACUGCUGACUGCUGAAUCACUCCUAUACUCACACGUGACUUCUCCCGACUCCCCCAAAUGGAGGGCUUUUUCGCAGGCUACGUUACCAGUGGCGGAUCCAGACCCUCAGGUAAGGGGGGUGGGCUCAGUUUUGUCUAAAAAUAAGGGAACCCGGACCCCCGGGCCUCUCCCCUGGAUCUGCCACUGGAGUCACUCAAAGUCUGUAAACAAAUAGGAGGAGAGAAAAGGCAAAGGAAGCAGUUCUGCUGAAAUGUCUGUGUAGUGAGGAUUGGCCAAUCAACUAAUUACCUGAAUAUAUAGAUUGAAAGUUAAUUUCAAAGUGUACUUUUUUUUUUCUAGAUUGCUGAACAUUUUUGCUCAUGUUAUUGACAAUAUCAUCCCCGGUGCUCAUUCUUUUAAGGUACAGUUUUAUUUGACACCUAGAAAUUUGAAGAAGGAGUUUCUCCUUUAAUCAAAAAAAUAGGUAAAUAGCUCAAUAUCUGUAGGUUUGUCUUAAGUUGAAUUUACAUGAAACACAGCGAAAAAAUAUUGUCAACUUCAACCUGACGUUUGCUAUUUGCGAUAAACGUGGAUGUAAAAUCUCUUUAAUAAUUCAGAGAGAUGUCAGAUAUUUAAGGCAAUGUCAUUGCUUUGCAUGUGAAUGCUUUUAAAAUGCAAGGAAUACAGAGAUUAAGUUUGGUGAUUGCAAUGCUUGAAAGAUGUUUUGAAAGAUUUAGAAUCAGAAUUGACAUGAUUGUGAAGAAGGGGAAGAAGCAUUUACAACUGAAAAUUAUAGUCAGCAACUCUGUGACCUCUAUGAACUGAACUUGUACGGUAAAUGGAGAGAAGAAGUGGUUAUUUCACCUUGCCAUGGUAGCAAAAUUUCUGGAUCUCAGCAAACCGUGGUUCUGCAAAUACAUGUAUGGCAGAAAAAAAACGAAAAAAAAAAACUGACAUGUAUGACUUUCCUGAGCAUGACUGCCCUCAGGACAAAAUGGUGGCCCAUUUUUUUCUUUCUUCGUACGACAAUGGCCGUCUCUGUGAAGAAAGAUUGUUGAGAUCUAUAAAUUUUGCUGCCAUGGUAAUGUGACGACACACUUAACCCUAUUGGCUGCCAUAAGAGAUUCAAAAGCUGAGGGUUCUUGUUAUUCACAGCUCCUCAUAUUGUGUUCCUAAUAAGGGAUUUGUUCUUAUCUAGCUGACAUUUCCAGGCCAGAAUAAAGAUAAACAACAAGCUGCAACAGCUAUUCCUGGUGUGGCUGCUCCCCAGAUCACUCCCGGUUCCAGUCCAGCUGCAUCUGUUCCCAAGAAGCUGCUGACCAAGAGUAAGCGGGCUCUGUCUGAAGCGGAUCUGCAUCAAGCUAGUGCAGAUAGGCCAGUUACACCUUCUAAGAGCCAAACAGGAGUAACUUCGGGUUCAGACACUACUGAGCACAACACUCAGAGCCCUCCGCCUAAGAGCAGCAUCGGAACUUUUCACCAUUUACCUCACUACAUGAAGCUGUAUGAGAUCAUCAAAGGAGCUUUUGCUAAUAAUCAGGUGAAAUAAGUUUUGAAGUAUUUAAGCGCGCACGCAAGCUGUCCUUUUGGGCUAUCAAGUGUUAGAGGGUUACGUGCAUUGCAAACAGCGAGCAAAGUACCAUUUGAACAGACUAUGUAAGUCAAGCGGUUGCAUACCAGGCUUAGAGCAGACCUGGCCGGACCAAGACGCAGAUUCUUUUUUAAAAUUAAGUAAUUGAGUACAAAGUGUUUUCUUUGUUACACAUCUGCAAAUGGUAAGAGCUUCUAGUCUUUUCGGAUAAGUACAAAUGAUUAUCAUCUUGCAUCACAUAAGAGGUGUUCUGUUUCUUUAUGAUUGUUCGAAGACUACAUGAAAACCAAACUUUAUGGGUCAGAAAUGGCACUGAACAGCGGAAAAUAUGCAUGACAGUGAUGCGAUGUCGAGAGUAGAGGGUCAUUGCAAACGCCUAUCAGGUCUGGGUAUAUGACAACUGUUAUGUGACAAGUUGCGUAUUCGAACAACUUUUCACGUAUGAAACAUUGAUUUAUAUAUUUAUCACAUUUGAACUGGUGGGUCAGAUUUUCGGCGUUGGUCAAAUAAAAUUAAGCAAUUUCCUCAUGUAUGGAAGCAAAUGCAAGUUCAUGCAUGCAACUUGCUUGUAUGGGUGGGACCUAAUAUAGUGUGAUACAGGCAAUUUAGCCUCCCAAGUAGACGCUUUUAUGGCUUCGUCACGGGUUUCUCCCCCACGGACUUUCGUUUGGGAUGAUUGCAUGACUAGCUAAAAGAACGUCUGCGUUGGAGGCUAUAGCCAAUUUUGGCAGCACUUGUACUAAAGUAAACACUGGUGUGAUAACCAGUCUCUUGUCAUGCUUCUAAUUGUAAGGAAAAAUUGUUUGAAGCGUUACAUGAUUACUCUAAUUUAUAUCCUACCAGGUGUCUCUGAUAGAUCCAUCUCAAGACAAGUUUUGUCAGUUUGUGAAUGCAGCAUUGGAGGCUUUGUCCCUUCUUCUUGAAGUUACGGCGUUUUCAGACAUCGGGAAAGUAAGAUCGCGAUUGAACAUUUGAUAUUGCAUUCAGAAUAGAUGUCACGGCAAUCUAAUUUUAUUGAGACCACUAUCUGCCUUUUGUGUUGUAGCAUGUUGAAGAAAUUCUUAGCUAUUUACAAGUUUGUGUCAAAGUGGAGGCGACUAAGACUUUCCUGUGUGUUCAACAGGUAAGAGGUAUUUAGAUUCAAUUGAGAGUGAAUGAUUAGCUCACGUAGUUACAGCUCUUAUUCUUUAAACUUUUGUGUAAUGUGAGUGCUUUCAGUCCAAAAAAAUCCUUAAAUCGAGCUACAACGAAAGUAAGGGACAGUUUAGAUGUAGAUAAGAAUUACGACGUGCACAGCCGCAUGAUUAACGUAGCGUGGACAUUGUAAUUGACGUAAAGCAAAAAUGUCAAAAUAGAUUUCGUGUGUUGUUUAAUAACUUAGCUACUGUAAGAGUUAUGGGUGUGAAAUGCUUCGUCAAUUCUUUGUUUAACAGCUGUUGCGUGCUAUGUUUGGUAUCAAUGCCCUAAGCCAGCCUGAACUCGCUCAAGCAUCCAUGGUCCCUCCAUGUUUAGCUGUCAGUCAUGUUACAUUGCCAGCACAAAUUGAUCAGUUGCAGCCUGCAGAUGAUCAAUUAUACCAGUCGUGCUUCGUUCAGCCAGUGGCACUUGUUACACAGUGUCUGAAUAAGUUAAAACCUAAAGAGGAAGGAAAGGAGAAAGGAAAAGAUGAAGAAGUCUUGGGGUACGUGAGCUAUUAUUGUUAAUUAAGCUGUUAAUGUGGUUGUAUCAUCAUCAUCAUCAUCAUCAUCAUCAUUAUCAUCGGCAUCAUCGUCAUCAUGAGCAUCGUCAUCAUCAUCAUCAUCAUCAUUAUCAGCAACAGCAUCAUCAUCAUUAUCAGCAGCAUGAUCUUCAGCUGAGCAUCCGCAUCGUAAGCAUCAGAAUCAGCAUCAUCAUGAUCAGCAUCACUAUCGUCAUCAAAAGAGAGAUUUAGGGUCACGUUUACCGUUUCACGUUUAAUUUGUACCACAUGACCAAGUUUUCCCUUCAAUCCUCUUUUGCUGUUCAUUACUUUUACAGACAAAUUAGUAGUUUCACUUUAGUUUUAUCCACAAGACUGAACUUGGACUUUUGUUAUCUACUCAUUUUUUUCUUUGAGAUUUUGAGAAAUUCUCAACUUGAACCUGACGUUUGCCGUUUGCCGUAAACUUGACUCAAUCAUCAUAAUAACAAUCCACAUCAACAUAAUUCUCAUCAUCGCCAUCAUCAUCGUCAUUUUCAUGAUGGCAAAUUGAAUGUGUCCAUGCCCUAGACCAGCAUUGCUAUAAAUAACGAGACAAAGGUAACACACUUAAAAAGAUACGUGGAAAGUUAGUAAUUUGUAGUUUUACAGUAUUUUACCCGUGGCUCAUGUGGCAAGAAAGAAGGUGUCUACAAUCAUUAAUUGCCAUCAUUUGUACUGAUAUCGGGAAGCGUCUUCCAUAUAUGGUCAAUGCUCACUGGUUAUGAAGAAUUAGCCAGGGGAUUUAAGCCAAUCAGAAACGGUACAAUAUUUUGAAUAAUAAUAAAUCUAAUAUCUAACGGCUUGCCGAGCUGGUUUUCAGUGGGGCCUCCAGUGAUAACUAAAAUUAAUUUGGAAUUCAAGAGACUUUUUUAUGUUUGUGCAUGUUAUUUUUUUUACCCUUCUGUUGAUUUAAUUUGUUUUUUUCAGUGGAAUUGGUUUGUUUAUCAAAAAACUCAGAAAAAAAUCAGCGACAAAUGUUCGACCGGCCAUGAAACUGGACAAGGUAAAAGUAACUUUUAUACAGCUCUAGUCCUUCUAGGAAAAUAACACGUAGUUUGCAUUUAACCGUUGGUAAUUGUUUAACGUGACUUAAAUGUUUGACUGUGUGGUGAAAUUAGGUACCGCUUAGCCUCAGAAAAGAAGCGACAAUUCGAAAUCCCCUUCCGAAAUCACGACCAAGUGAAUGAGCGGAGAAAUUCCAAAUGGAUGACGUGUCACUACCCAGAUUAAGGUCGUGCUUCUGAUUGGCUGAAGCAAGUUUUCCUCGCGGCACAACCAAUCAGAAGUACUACACACAUCUAGGUUUUGACAUGUCAUAAGUAUGAAACUUCUGUGCUCGUUACUCAGACUUCAUUUAGCGAGGAAACCGGUGGUGACGUCGCGAAAUAUCGGCUUUUUUCUCAGGGUAGGCCAGUGCCAGUGGGUAUAAGGCCUUGACAGUAUUUAUUAUAUUCAUUCAUACAUUUUGCCACGUAGAAUAAAUAUUACAGGAAGAAAAAGAAAAAAUAUUGCUAAGAUUGAAAGUUGACAGGGCAGGAAGAGCUACAAAAAUAGUUCAAAAUAAAAUGUAAUAGAUGGGCGAGUUUAAUUUAUAGCUCUCUGCCGAGCAGCCAGGCAGUUUUAUUGUCAAAUAAUCUAGCAGCUUUAACACAACCAUUAGUGACACUGUUAUACGGCAUUAGCCUCGUUCUCAUUAGUGCCUCUUCACAUGAGCCCAGUUGACUGAGCUGACUCAGUAACCGGGAUGAAUUUUGCCUUGGGCUCAUAUGAGAAAUUUCAGCCCGGUUUCCGAGAUGAGAAAAGGCCAAAGUUCCUGGGGACGAGUUCUGGCGCCAAAUUCGAGAAACAAAGCAAACAUGGCGAAACACAAAAAUUUCGCGCCUAUUAUAGCUACGGCAACUCUUAAAGCUGUAUCACUGCAGUUGAAUGGGAUGCUUACGAAGUGGAAAGUACAGCAGGUAGUGCAAGAUGAUGCCAUCCGGACCGCCAGAAUUCAUCUUGGUAACCGGGCUGAAGUGUUCAUAUGGCAAAAUUUCCGGCCCGCUUACCGAGAUCUCGGUUGCAAAAACCGCGAAUUCUAUAGCCGAGUCGGCCCGUCCUCUAAAAUAUGAGCACAUCGAAAAUUUUACAAAGAAUUUAGAGGUGAGGCGAGAUCUCGGAAACCAGGCCAGCCCGGUCAACAGGGCUCAUGUGAAGAGGCCCAUACUCCAAAACUUGACGUUGAGUUUGGGGAAGGGUGGGUGGAGAUUUUCCCAGAAUCUUACUCUGGUGAAUUCAUCAUCUUGUUUCACCCUGUUACAUCACCACUUAGUGAAGUAUUUGCUCAUGUUUUUGUUUUUUUUUUCCUAUAGCAAUCUCCUAUCCACUCAUUUAUCCGUUGGUUUGAGCCAUUAGUGAUUCGUGCAUUGAAGGAAUACACUCUGUCAAGUAGUAUCAUCUUACAACAACAGGUUCUGAGUCUACUGGCUCAGCUCAUCAAACUCAGAGUCAACUAUUCAUUACUGGAUGCAGAUCAGGUCAGGUGACUACUUUUGCUAUAAGUAGUGUGGAUUAGUUACAAUGUAAGUUUAUAAGUUAGUCAAGACAAAUCCGUCAGGAACCUAUAGGGAGAUGAUGACGAUGAUGAUGAUGAUGAUGAUGAUGAUGAUGAUGAUGAUGAUGAUGAAGAUGAUGAUGACGACGACGAUGAUGAUGAUACUAGUUUCUAACCUAGUAAUAUUUCAAGUAAAGCGAUUUUUCGUAAGACCAGGAGGAACUGCUUUGACUUGACGUUUCAUUCACAACCUUAUUUUAUGGCUACAAUAGUACGCGCGCUCCAAUUGGCUGUUUGUUAUAAUGACCGGGCUUUACUAGCCAGGUGUCCAAAGCUUAUACAAUCUGUGUUUUUGAACACAAAACUUGAUAGUGGACAUCCAUGUUAUGGUCAGUUGACCGCUGUCAAGAAAGGCUAUCCGCUGACCAGUGCCACAUGACUGUAUUGCGGGCUGAACUAGACUGGGCUUAGGUCCAAAAUUUCUCAUUGUCAAAGAAACUGUCUUGUGGUUUCGAUCACAUCGCCAGGUUCGUCUCUGUUCAGUGAACACGACCUCGACAGGUCCUUUAAUAUGUAACUUGUUAACCUCGUCCGUUCGGUCAUUAUAUGGAAAUCUCAGACCUCGGCCGUGGUCAAGGCCAGUGGCGGUGAGUGUAUCUCGACGAUCUUAUGGAAAAAUAGAGGACUUUGAACAGUCUAAAUUUGCUCAUAUGUUGAUGGCAGUAUUUUUUUUGUCAGGUUUUCAUUAGCUAUGUCCAGAAACAGUUUGAAUUCAUCGAUGCUGGCCAAAUAAAGUAAGUGAAAAUAUUCGUCCUUCACAGUAGUCUGGAUAUCGGUUCUUAUUGUUAACAUAAAGUUUUGCGUACAUUAACUUUGACUUUCUUAGACAAUCAUAGUUCAUUUGAGAUGCUAUAUCAAGGAUUCCAGACUUAACUAUCGAUGUUUGAAGCCCUUUCAUUGUUUGGAAGGCCACUUUGCUCUUAUUUUCUAUACUCUUCUCAUUUUAACACCAUUUUUUUUCCUGACAGAUCCUGUGACACAUUUCUUCCACACGUCUUCCAGUUUCUCGUUCUUCUCUCCUAUGAAUGCUUUCAGCCCAAGUUUAAUGAACCAAAAGCUAUUGUAGGGAUGCCAAGGAUCAUUCAGCUUUGUGAUGGGAUCAUGGCCGGUGGACAGCCAGCCCAAAGUCAUGGUACGACAACGUGAAAGAAUUAACCAAGGCCAAAUGCCUAACUUCAAGAAAAAAUUCAGUUUUUUUUGUAAAACACUGAUAACUUUUCCCUUCAUGAGUAACUAAAUUAAGAUUUUCCCAUUUAUUUUAGCUAUUCCAGCCCUACAGCCAAUAAUACAUGACUUGUUCGUUCUUCGAGCUGCUGGUAAGAGUGAGAUUGGAGAGGAUUUGGAGACGCAAAGAGAGGUGGUGGUUUCUAUGCUGCUUCGUCUUGUGCAUUACCCUGAGGUAUGAUUCUUUUGGCAGCAGUUAGUCCAUUAGCGAGCAAGACAGUUUGUUCUGUGGGUCGUACAGCCUUGCUCACUACAGUUAGUAUGAGUUAAUCCGUUAAUCGGUCAGUCAGUCAGUUUUUGAAUCAGCCAGACAGGUAUUAAACCAGUCAGAUAUUCAGGCCUAGUCAGCUAUUUCCUCAGAACCCAAGAGUCAUGGUGACUCUAGCCUGUGAUUUUGCCCUCUUACAUCUCUAGUUUGCCCCGUGGGAUAGAGGGCUUUUUUCCCUUCUUCGGCUCUUCUAAAAAAAAAAGAAAAAAGAAAAAAUAGCGCCUGAUUGCAGGUUAUAGUGACUGAUAUCUUUACAAUCUGUACCUGUAAGGAAGCCAUCUUCAGAGUCAAUGGUUAAGACAGUUAGUCAAACAGAUGACUCCGCUGACAGGUAGUGAGCCAGUUAGUUGGUCAGUCAAUCAAUCGAUCGAUCAAUCAAUCAUUCAAUCAAUCAAUCAGUCUGUAAGGUGUUACGUUACUUUUUUGUCUUUUUCUUACUCUACUGUCAAAAUUUUAGGUGUUGGAGAUGUUAGUCGUUGUUCUUAACUGCUACCAACGAGAUGAAGUCAAAUGGAGGAACCUGUCUGGACAAGUCAUAGACCUUCUGCUUCCUCUUCUAGCCAAUCAUAAGGUAAAAAUUGGACUCAAACUAAUCAUGCUUAGUAGAGUCACUCAUAUAAAUUGUGUGUAAUUGUCAACUUUUGAGACCACUAACGAAUUUUAAUUCUUGCGGCGCAUUAAACAAUUCAAAUGAAACUCCUUCCACGAUAUUUUAACCUAGCGCUAUUUGUGUUGCAAUUUUUUUAAAUUUUAACUGAGCGCUCUGCAAAAGGUUUUAGAAUGAAAGCAGCUAAAAAUACUGAUCUGAUCUACCAUUGUAUUCGUAGGUACAUGUUGAAUCUGAGUAUGGUUUUGAGAUGCUUCAAAGUCUCCUUGCUGCUGUCGCUCCUGGUUCAUUGUGGCCUGUGGAUGUGUUGCUGAGGGUAUCAUUUUCCAGUGUUGAUCCAGUGAGUAAAACCUACAGUAAAAACCCGCGAUUAAGAACCUGAAAAUUAAGAACCUGUUAGCCUAACAUUUGCCAUUUAUAUCCCCUAUAAACAAGAACCUGUUUAGCCUAGAAAAUGAAAAACAGGUUCUUAUUUUUUAAAAUCAUAUUAUUGAAAUGCAGCUGCAAAACUGUGCAAGAAUCCUGUUUGAAGAAUUAGGAACUUGGCAUUGCUGUGCAAAUAAAAGUGCUAAUUUAUUGAUGUAAUAAAAAAAUAAAAAAAAUAUCGUUGUAUCGCAUUUUGAAAUUGACCAAUAGGCUGAUUACCAUCUUGUUUUGUAGCUUGUUUUUUUAUGUAAUUUUUUUUUUACAGAAAUAAGAACCUAUUUAAGAACCUAAAUAGCCUAAAAUUGUGUUAACUACCAUUUAAAUAAGAACCUGUUUAGGCUAACUCCAGAAAAUGUAGGUUCUUACUUGUGGGUUUUUACUGUACUAAUUUCUUACGCUCUUGAAGAAAACGGAAAAUCUGCCUGAUGCAACAAUUGAACAAUGAGGAACAAGACUGUCCAUUUCUUUUUUCCUAAGUUUCUGGUAGAGGCCAUUGGAUACAUUUUCCUAAAAAAAAAAAUGUUUAAAUUAGAAAAAAGAACAAUGUGAAGCGCGAUUACUGCCUUGUUUCCAGACUUCUUUCUUACAAUGCGUUUUUGCGCGCAAAGGACGGUGGAAAGGUAAGAGCGAACGAGACGUUGCUUCGCCUCUCUUGUUUCUCCCUCGUGUAUUGCCUCAGGUUUCGUCAACAAUUAGUCUCGUUUCACUCUCGCCUUUGUUCGCGACUAACCAAAGUGCGACAAACGACGCCACUGGGGAGGAGGCAGGUGUGAUCAGGUGUUUAAGGCAACCACAUUCGCCAAAAAAUGGGGUUUUACGGCCGCUUCAAACCUGUUGUAUUUUAUAUUUCCCUUUUGAGAGAGGUACAUAUGCAUGUAUCAGUUUUUUAUUGGAAACACUUCCUGUUCAUUACGGAGAUAUCUAACAACUUUGUUUUCUAAUGACUCUGCCUCCCUAUAUAAGCCCAUGCCUACACAAUACAGGGUAACUCUUGCGCCUUUACGAAAACCAUACCGGAUAGGGCUUCUCUGCAGACAUACGAACGGUAAUUUCAGACCGAUUUCUGUGACGGAAGCUGGGCCGCACUGAUCUUGAAAGGAGGUCUUUACUGGUCGGAUAGGUUUCUGGGCCCACUUUUCGUGGCACCGUGAACAGGAGGUGUUCAUAGCAGGUCAGAGUAUUUUUCAUGUCAACAUGAUAUGCUAUCCGGUAUAGCCCAAGAGCACUCUUGUGUACUGAGUUUCAGACUGUCUAGUUAUUAAGUAUCCUGAUUGACUAGCCUGUGUCGCAGACGUAAUUUAACCUCAGUAAUGUCUGCGAAGCAGCGCCGAUAUCCUUGUUCUGGGUCUCCAACGGACUCAGCGAAUAACCCGAAGUGCGUUUCAAAUUUCCUUUCAACGUGAUUGGCAAUAACUUUUUAACAGGGCAAUCAUGGCGCGUCCUCAAAUCCAAGUACACAGGUGGAGGCACAGAACAAUGAUUUCGGCACAGUUUCGCAGAUUGACUUAACCACAGGAUUAGUUUCGUCUAUGGCGCAGGCUAUGAAUGACAGGCUUAACUUUUUUAUGGCCAAAACCGCGAAAAAAAAAAAAAAAACCUUUGUAUAACCAGGCACCGUCCUCAACAAAUGUCUUGCUUCUAUUCAUUUUUUUGCUUUAAUUUUAGAUCCAGUCUGAGGUAUUUGGGCGCUGGUUGGCUACAACGCUGGUAAUGUUUCAAACUCUCAUGGCUCAUGUCUCAGAAGAUAUUCUGCUGUCUAGAAUUGACCAAUCAGGUCUCAGACCCAAAUGUGCUCAGAAGCCUGGGACUCCUCUGUUGCCAAUAGAAGUAAGUUCUUGGUCAAGUAUCUCAAUUUAUGUUAGUAGUAGGGUGCUUAUGCAGCUAUGACUCCGACGCCAAUAAAAACGCCUAAAAAGUGAAACACGCUACACGUGCCGCAUACUCUUUUGGUAAAUUUCUUUACCGUCUAACUUCACGACUACGACAUGAAAUUCCCUAAUUUCGCGUUUUAUGGAGGACGUAGUAAGCACACGACGAUGAUUUUCAUUUUUUUUUCUCUGAACCUUGGAUAGGGACCUGAGCAAUUCAUUUCCAGAGAAAUUCACUUACAUUUGACCGAUUGAACGAAAUGGAAUAAUCUCGAUAAUAUUUGCAACAUCCCGAAUUCACUUUAAAAGUUACGUUUUCGCUGAUGUCGCCAUCGUGUUUUGGUUAGCUCCCUAGAGUUUCACCCAACUAUUUUAGUUGUGCGUUGCUCUACUUUGUGAUUGGCUGCAAAAUCGCACAUUACCCUCUCUUUUCCCGCGCUUGGCAUCCGACCAACUGUAUCUCUAAAUGGUUCUUAUGACUGUGGCUGUUAUGAUUGGCUUAAGUAAUUACUGUACUUAAAGUUAAACAAAGCUCAAUUGAACAUUGCUUAAAUACUUUCCUCUUCUAGGUCUAGGCGUUCGGACUUUAAGUGAGCGCCAAAAUUUCCGGCACCAUGAGACGAAAGGUUCUUUGUGCGCAUACCUAACUUUUCUUUCACUAGAUAUAAUAGAGAUAAGGAAUGUUUUUCUUUUUAGGUAUUUGUAAAAUUUCUUUUUUACGUGGUGGAGGUGACUGCCAGUCAUGUUAAAAGGAUAACAAAGAACACUGAGGAAAGCAGUAAGCGAACGCUGGAAGUAAAGACAUUUGUGUUUAAGCUGUUUGGAUGCACCUUAACAUGUCUUACGCAUCUUUUAAAAUCAGGUUUGUGGAUAACACGUGUACAAUAAGCCUAAAGUUAACUUUGAAAUGGUUAGAGGUGUUACAUGAACCACCUUACAACAACAACAACAACAACAACAACAACAACGGGAAUUUAGCCUAGGAAAACAGCCGUUUCUCCUCGCUCCUCGCCGCUGGGGACGUUUCGCGAGGAACACGUGUGUCAUGUUUACACAUGACAGACAAAAGACAAAAGGCCACAAAGGUUAAAUGUAAACGCGCUGAGUAUGUAACAAAACAGUCAAUAUUUGUGGAAUAUAUUCUUCUCUAGAAGAAGCAUUUGCGUGUUGCUGAAGCUCGUUCGCAGAUGAACACAACAAUUUAUUAAAAUCGACCAGCCGAAACUUGAAAUCGAACAAAUUUGCAUUUGGAAUCCCAUGACUACCUGAUUUGUUAAGUAAACAUUGAUUUACGUUAUCAGUAUGGAAUUUCUGUCGCUGAGUUGCAGACGUUCCACCUCGCGAGAAGUCCCCAGCGGCGAGGAGCGAGGACAAACGGCCUUUUUCGCAGGUUAACAGGAAUUUUCAAGAAAAUGUUUUUGCUCGAGAGGGGUUUUUAAAACGCACUGGUUUCUAGGGUAGGCAGCAGCACCUAUCUGACCAUUAUUUAAGCCAUUUAUAUUCCAGUAAGGGUUAGUCACCAGUGUUCCAGCCAGAGCGCGCCAUUGCGUGAAUCCCGCAAAAGGUCGAUAGAUGGACCCCACCAAAAGCGUUCAAGGGCCAUUAUGGCCCUUUCCUUUUUUAAGUGCCUGGGCUUAAAAUGGUCUCUGUUACUUCAAGUACAAUAAUUUUCCAGUUAAACAGAAUUUUUAAUCUAAAAAACAACGACUCAGUACCUUUGUACACAACAUGAAAAUCAAUCGAUGAAUUUUCUUGAGUUUACCUGAUUUAUCGUGAGUGGUCUGGAGACCACUAAGCCUCGACUUGGCUUUUGUAAUAUCGCAGAAGCUCAUGGGUAUCCAUCAUGGCGUCUCGAAAAAGAAUAAACCUGACAAACGCAUCUUGGAGGUCUAUCAAAAGUUUUUUCUCACAAGUAACGAAAAAGUGGAUGGAGACGAAGCAGUUAAGAAUAAGCGAAUGAAAGCAGGUCUUGACGGUGAAGUGGAAAAUGAGUUUAAAAAAAAUUACUAUUUUUAUUGCAUACAUUCUGAUUGUACUGUUUGCUUUAUUACCGAAGAUUUCCUCUAUUGUGUAUAAAAGGGGACGCUCCAUGUCAGCUUCAAAUAAACUGACAUUUUUAUUUCCUUAACUUUCCAACUGCUUCUUCUCUUUUGCAUAUUAGAGAGAUACUGGUACAUUGGCCCUUUCUUGAAAUAUCUGGCCCCCAAAAAUUGGUUGUAGGGGCCACUUCGGCCCUCAAGCACAAUUUUCUGGCCGGAACACUAACCGUUACCAUUGUGCGUCCUUUUUUUAAUGAUGAACUUUUAUUUUGUAAAAAAGCACUGUGUAUUCUCAUUUAUUUUGAAGCUUUGUAAUAUAUUCCGUGCACAGUCAUCUAUGUAAAAAAUUGGGUCAUACCAUUAAUGUUCUUUACUGAUUUCAAUAUCCCUGUAAAGAGCUGUUUUCCUGCACAUUCAUGUACUUCAUGAAAGAACUCAACAUUAACAACCACCGUAAUUAAACCUAUUGAACUUCAUAUUUCAGCAAACUUCAAGAAAGUAUCACAGCUAGCAAGUUCUUCCCCUCUCAUUACGCCGUCUGUGGACAUAAUUAAUGAGUGUGUUUCUCAUCUGGUGGACACCCACCCAGUAUUUGUAUUGCAGUGGUGCCAGGUCCUACGGCAACUCAAAUACAUGGACGCACAAUUCUGGUGUGGUUUUAUCGAUACGGGGACUCGCUUAAGCACAGGUAAAAGUUAUACAUCUUGCCGACUGAGACUAAUAGCAGAAAUACAAGGGAAACGUUGUGUAGUACUGAUAUGAUUGAGAGGACUUGGCGGAAAUUCUGCGCAUUUGCUUACAUUCUUGCUUACACCAUGAAGUGUACUUCAAUUGAUUUAGCCUGCGUAGACUAACUCAGUGGCGGGAUUAGUUGGAGAGUGCGGUAGUAGCCAGGUCUGUGUCGUUAUUUGUAGAUUUCACGGCGGAGCCGCGAAAGGAUUGGGAGCUAGUCAAACGUAAGAUUUAAUUUACAGUUCCCCGAGUUAAAUCCGCCAUGUAUAGUGUUAUGGACACUUUCACAGGAAAAUCAUGAUUGCUCAGUAUCAUUAUAAGUAACGUGGAAUCAAGGAACGUCCAAAGAGCCUUCCCCUAAAUUCGCAUUCCCGAGUUUUUUCUCUACCAUAAGUAACUUUUAUGCUCUAAGAAUCAAUAAAUAAUUAACAACACAGUAAAAGUUCCACUGAAUAGCUUUCUUUUGAAAUUAAUCUAAUGCUUUAAGAUUCUCUAAACGUUAAUGAACUACACCUCGGGGUACACUCUGGAACCUCAACCUCACCACUAGAAGUGAUAAAACAAAAUGGAGACGUUUCUAUGGGAAACAGUAAAAAAGCUGAUUUUCUCUUCAUUUGACAUUUUUUACUUAUCUGCUUUAUAGUCUCAGGCGGUGAUAUUGAUUUAGAAGGUCCGACCUUGAAUAAGGAUGUGACUAAGUUAGGAGUACUCCUGAUGUACUGCGAUCUUCUUAUAACCCAGCACAUGGUAUGUUUUCAUUACCGGGCUUACUUUUGUUUUAUGUUCAGACAUCAGUUUAUAUAGGGAUUAUGCAUUGACCAAUUUCGGCUGCGUCCAUUUCCCGUGGGGUAAUCCCCGGGCAUUAGCAGGUUUUUUCUUGAAAACCAGUUUCCUAGGGGUGGGGAUAUUUUAGCUGCCAAAUUCUCCCCGGAAAGUAUUCAAUUGUCGCUCUUUUCGCAGUUUUGGAUGUUGACAGAAACAGUUUAUGGUAGACGAUAAUUUUCUGUUCCUAUACCAUUUCUUGGGCAUUCAUUCCCAGAUAACAUGAAGAACUAAAUAAUAGCGGGAGAUUUUAAAGCAUAAUUUCUUUACCUUUUCAAAACUCAAUAUUUCCAAACUCCAGUUCGACCGGGAAUCAGGUAGACGAAGAACCACUUUGUGGAUGUGCUACCUCCAAAUCAUUAUUUAUUUUAUUUAUCAUUUAUUUAUUUAUUUGGUAACGGUUAGGUUUUCCUGAAUCGUUUCUUUUUUUUCAUCAGUACCUUUCGCGAAGCGUCUUUCGGAGCGAGACGGAGUCAAGGUUCUUCGCCUUCGCUAUAAAUUGCUUGACUUUUUGUGUUAACCCAUCAGGACCAAGGAAAGUUAGACUUGUCUCAUGCCGGAACUCUGCUUAGGAUGUCAUUCGAGGACUUAAUACUGAUGGCUGAAGAACCGCCUGUACAUGGAUUUCUCAGGUAACAGGACGACCUGAAGGAUUUAUUUCCGGGCAACGGCAACGGGUGUAAAUGAGCCAUAGUGUGGGUGGCCAUCACGCUUCCGGAACAGUCCAAUAAAUCAGUUCGACACAACACUUGACCCAGUGUCACGCGGAGCUUUCAAAGGUGCUAUCCAUGCAUUUUUGUUGUUCUUGUGCCCAAACUUUUGGCUGAGUAAACACACGAGAGUUAUGGAGAUUUGGGGAAAAUUAGAUAAAACUUUUACUUGUGUAGCUUACAAGUGUGGCUAUUGUUUUUAGACUCUAAAACGGUAGCUAUAGCUUUAUAACUUUAUUUAAUAUUUUGGCCCUUGGACAAGAUAUGGAUAUGAUAUUCCAGAGCAGUGUGUAACAACGCCGUCUUACUUACAUGUGCUCUCCUUUCGCAGUAUACUUUACAGCAGUCCAGAAGGAAGCAAGCUUUUACUGGACUCUGUCAGUUCCUGCAGAUCACUGCCUGAAGCCAUGAAACGGGUAAAAAAGUAAAAGUAGGAAAAAGCCUGAUAACUUAAGCACAUUAUAUCCCGCGUGGGCCCACAUAAAGUAAAAAAAAAAAAAAGAAACAAUAAACGUAGUUCAGUGCACGAGAUGUCUAUAGGUCAUUAGUAGUGAGAAUAAUAAAUAAGUAAGAUGGCCUUGUAUAGCAACUGCCUUUCUGAAUAACACUUUAAGCCCGGUGAUGAAGUGAGAAAAUUGCAUGAUUGAGUCCCCGACGGUCUCCGACCACACUCGAUGGGUGCUCUAUGCCGAACCUAGCAAGUAGCCUCACUUUAUCUCAUUUUAUAGUGUACACGCCGGAUAAUUGGGAGGUCUGGUUUUUUAAUACGGGGCCUUUUUUUUGCGCCAUGCUUUUGCAACUUUCUAAUUAAUUUUGUUUGUUUUCAGCCAACCUUUGUAAAAGGUCUGUUGCUCUGUUUGAAGGCAGUGCACCAGUCGCAGUCUCUUUAUCUGUUGAGGAUACUCACAGAGAGUUUUCUGGACUCCAGUCAUCAAUCUGUUGUCCGAAUGACCGAGCGCAUCAUUCGCAGAAGGCUUGAGAUGUACUCUUCCGGGCAGAAGAGGGUAAUUUUAUAUUUUUUGCAGCAACCUUAUUUGUCUCUCAACGUCCUGAUAACGUUCAGACCCGAACAGCGUUUUAUGCGCUCAAUGUUCGCCUUUAAGAAUCACAUUUUGCUGGCAGUGAAAGUAGUAAUAUAAUUAAAAGGUGGCAAAGAAACUUGACCUGUUUAGUGUGUGGUUAAGACUGCAUGAAUUGAUUGCGGGUUUCAAAGAACGAUGCCCUCGUUCAAACGUAGCUGCAAGCUAUCAGAAGUUUUAAACUUGUAGAAUCCUACAAUUCCGUAGUGUAGCCAGAACCUGCGUGUACUGGUGAUGGUUUUUAAUAACUUGUGUCCGCUCUGAUUUAACUUAUUUUUUUUGCCGUAAAUAACCUCUGGUUUUCCACGCGACCUCAUAACUGUCUGUUUUGGCGUGAGCUCUCGCCUGGAAGUAUUUCAUUGCCACCAAUUUGUGUCCUCGCACAAGGACGUUUGUUGAUUUGAAAAGUGGGUACCAAUCUCCAUUGGGAUUAGUAUCCAUGCCCUCCCGACGCUAUAGGCCAUUAUUGGGUUGCGUCUGAGACUGGGUCGGUGUCGUGUCGAAUUGACCAUGGGACUGGUUUGGGGACGGUAACACUUCUCUAUCGGCUUUUACGAAUUUGCGCGGGAAACCCCCCCCAAAAAUUCGUCGUUACAGUGCUAUUUGAAACAAUACCGAGCCAGUCUCAAACGGAAACGUCAAAAUGUACGUCCAGUAACUGACCAUUGACCGAGGAAUAUUACAUUCAAUCUGUCUCUUAUUCUGUUCAGUUUUUAGGCAAACUGAACAACAAACUUUACUUCAACAUUUGUGGUAACUAAGAACUUCCCAUAAAAAAAUUCAUGCUGUCGUUGUACGUGAGAUCAAGUCUGUUAGGUUUGAACUUCAAAGCAGUUCUUAAUUUUUCAACGUAACCGAAGAAGAUUCCCCUUGUAACCAACUCUCUCUCAAUGGUUAAAAUUACUUUUAAGAAUCAAGCAGACCUUGCGAUAACAUGUGGUGAUUGUUUGUUUUUGCUUUACCAGGACUCGGCGCAAGAUGUACUAGAAGAUGACCUGAGAACUGUUUGUCAGUUGAUUGUGUCAAAGAAGACAGCGAAAAGGUGGUUUUGUUAGUAUAUUUACAAUACAGUUAAUGCGUUAACUUGUUGUUUGUGAAGAAAAUUGAAGAUCAUUAAAGACAGGCGCAAGGUAUACCCAGAAAAUGCUUUUUUAAUAUAAUAUUGAAAUUUGUACAGAUGGAGGAGGCGCUAUCCACGGAGGCCUGCAUGACGUCAAUCGUGGAUAAUUUAUCAUCACUGACUGACGUCAGUGAAAGUCAAUCAAAUUAUGCUCUAAACAUGUUCUUAGUUUAUCUGUGAAAGGUUUGAACCCUACAGUACUCACUGGUUAUGAAGAAUUAUCUGGGGGAUUAAAGCCAACCGAAACGGAGAAAUAGUUUGAAUGUGUAAUAAUAACGUAUAUCUUGUUCCUUCAGAAAUUCGUCACUGCUUUUACUGGUGAAUAGAAUUCUCGGCCCCAGUUCACCUCCUCAACGCGAAAUGCCCAGUGGUGAAGAUUUAGUCUCAUCCCUGGAAAACUACACAAUCGGCAGGGUAAGAUGGUAAUCUUAAAGAGUUUGACCACCGCUUGGCAAACCAAGUGGGAAAAGAAACUUGAUCCGGGUCUUUGUUUUAAACCGUGUAGAGUGUUUUCACUCACGUUGCCAGCAUCUCUGCAAAUUUAUUGGAACAAAAGAAAGCGUUUGCCGAAGAGGACAUAAGAAAAGAGUUCAACUCCCACAGUACUGGUUUGGGACGCCAACAUGGCCGCCGUUUGACUUCGUGUGAAAACACUCUAUAGAUCGUUUUCACUCACGUGAUCAGUAGCUAAGUAAAUUUCUUGGAACAAAGGAAAGUUCUUAAAUGAGAAAAGUGUUCAAUCCCCACAGGAAUUGCUUUGAUACACCGAUAUGGCCACCACGACGUCAUGUGAAAACGAUCUAUUGGCAAUUUAUAACCGCAAGCGGCUGGAAUUCACAAAAAUGUCGGCAUUUUGCUCACCUGUUUUCCAUCAUGCCACUAAAAAUGUUGCUUGAUUAGAGGAUGACAAAAAUAAAGGUGAAUUACAUUGCAUCACUGCAUUGUCACUUCUUGAAACGGUUUGAGCCUUGUCAAUUCAAGUUUGACUUCCUUUGCCUUGUUUAACCUUCUCGAGUAUAUUUAGGUCCAUUGAACCUUUGUUAAUUUCUUUCUCUUCUCCUUCAAUGCUGGUCCGUUUUAGAGAUUCAAAACUAAAGUUUACUGAGGGAGGAAUUAGGGAGUGAUACCUGUAUCAUGUCAAGUCUUCUUGUAUCUUGUGUUUCCAUAAGCUUGGCCACGAAUUGUCACUGGAGUUGAGUGACACUUUGGCGGUUGUCAUCAGCCGGAAAUGUUAGUAUCCCCCUAUGAUUUGUGGUUGCUUAGCAGAGGAUCUUUCUUCCUUUUAUCCUAGGAAUGGUUUCGUCGUCUCGCUGAGCAGUGUUGUUUUGGUGGACUUCCUUUGAGCCAAAAAACAAGAGCUGUUAUCCCACAAGAGGCCAUUCAGAUUUUGAGUGUUUUAACUGCUAAAGAAGUAUCCGAAGUUAUCAAUCACGAGGUUGGUUUUCUCAGAGUGAGAGACAUCGUAAUUCAAUACGCAACAAUUUUUUACAGCGAGAACCUGCAGGCUUUAGGUAUCACUGACGAGUGCUGGCUAUGACAAGUACUCUCGAGUGUGAAUGCUAAGUUUACUGAAAAUUCUGAAUGAUUUUGCAGUUUGUAGUUAAGUGAACGGCAUUUGCAUAGUGCAAAUACCCAGUACAAUGAUCGGUCGAUCAAGAGGGAAUUAUUCAUUCUCUAUCGUCAAUAAUAAUAAUUAAUAAUAAUUUAUUUCUUAUUAGGCGCAAAUUAACAUCUGAACUGAUGAUCAAAUGCGCCUUACAACUAUAACUACUUGUAAUAAUCACAAUAAAGUAUAAUUAAGAAUACCUAAAAUUUAUAAUCUAAAAUUGAUCAAUCUAACUAUAACAGGCAAAAGUCUUCCUAAAUAAAUAAGUCUUUAUUGUUCGUUUAAAAACCAAAAAGUUAUCGAUGUCUCUGACACUUGCAGGCAGACUGUUUCACAGUGCAUGGGCAGCUAUUGGAAUGAUCUGUCACCCAGAGUUUUCUUUGUUUUUCUCAUGGGCAACUGCAAUAGUAGUUCUUCAGAAGAACGAAGCUGGUAUUCACAUUUCUCCUUUAAUCGAACUAGAUUGCAGAUAUAGGACGGCACAAGUUGAUAUAUUGCUUUAAACGUUAAAACUAAGGUUUUAAACUCGAUACGUUAGGCAGCAGGUAGCCAAUGCAAAGAAAAUAAGACGGGGGUAAUAUGAUCAUCAGCAUCACGUUCAUCCUUUGCUGAUGCAAUAAUAGAUGCAUGGUAUCACUUCAGAGGAUAAUUUGUAUUUCGAUUAUUGGAUAAGAAAACUAUGGAAUGCUACUUGUAAGAGUAAAGACUUUUAUUUCCCACUCUUUUUCAUAUUUUAGCAGUUUGACCUCUCUCUGCUUGAAGAAUGUGUUCUACGCGGAAUCGAAAGAACUCUUCAGUCGACUGCCCGAAGGCAAAAUGCAGAGGUACUAUGCGAGUUAAAACAGUUUAAACUCAUUCAAAAAAUUUCUCAGUUUCUGAUUGGCUUUAAUCCCCAGCGAAUUCUUCAUAACCAGCUGGCGCUGACCAUAUUUGGAAGAUGUGGCAAUAUACAAUCGUUGACGUCAGUCACUCUGACGUCAGUGAUUGUAUGUUGUCAGUAUGGAAUCAUUGACGUCACUUAUGAGUUCAGAAGUGAAGAAAAUGGUCAGAGUUCAGGGCAACGCAAAAACGGAAUAGAAAUGGUGAAGAGCAGUUUGUGGAUCGCUACGUAAAUCGAAUUGUCAUUCUCAAGAUCUUAUUUCGUAUCGAUUGAAAAAAAGACUUAACACAAAAGUGUUUCAGUUUGAAUGUACGUAUUUAUGUAUGCACGAGUACUUCCGACAGCCAUUUAUUAAGGAGUAUACGCCACUUCCACAUUUCCCAUAAUGCACCUUAUUUGCCCUCCCCAAAUUUUGCAUAACCUUUGUUUUUCAUUUCUCCUGGGUAUUACAGCCGUGCCAAGAGAAAUUGAAAACAAUGCCUAAGCAAAAUUUUGGGGGCAAACAAGGUGCAUUAUGGGCAAUGUGGAAGUGGCGUAUUGUGCCAAACGUAGUGAAACGAAACUAGUGGCUUCUAGGUACUUAAUGCGCACCGUUUUCAUUUUUUCGACUUAGAGAACUGAUGCACAUGCACAUAACACACGUAGUGUAUUGGUGUGCUAACAGGGCAAUCCAAUACAGAUGUGGCAAACGUACAUUUAAAGGGGUCUAUUAUAAAAUGUCUGUGGUAAGAGUUUUUUGUUUUGCUUUUGAAUUAAUUAUGUUUUCAGGAUGUUGCAAGCAAUUUAUAUCACAACACAGACCAACUGGACAACAGCGAUGUCGAUCAUCUUUUGCUGGUUUCUAAACUCAGUUUGUUCUCGCAUGUCGAGAAAAUUGUCCAGGACGUCAUUCGUACCCGAACGUUUAGAGGUAAUAUGAUAUGUGUCGACUUCAUACACGAGCUGAGCCUCGGGAAGUCCCUUUUAGAACUUAAUAUAAAGAUUUAGCCAAGGCCAAAAGGGAAGCUCUAGAGUGAUCUUUUAAGGAAUGUCUUUCUCAAGGAAUUCAACUUUUGCCGUAAGCAGGAAGCAAACUAAAUUGCGCCUUAAAAAAAUGGACCUGAGCCCGAGAUCAAUUGAAAACCAAUAACUGGACAACGGAUAAUAGUCACCUAGCUCAAUGAGUUGUAUACCUGAGCCGAUACAUUUACGUGACUCUGGUCAGCGGAUACCCUUGUUUGACAGCUAUUAAUUGACCAUGACGCAAGGUUUUAGCCAGAAUGGUGUCCAGCCGUCCUAUGGACGCUCAUUUUUGGAGGAAAUACAGGGAAAAUUCACUUAAUCACUUACAAUUUUAUGGGAAAACAUACCCUCUGGAAGUCCUUCUACUGGACGGCCAUGACGUCAAUGUCUAAUUCCAAGUUAAACACAGAUAGUAUAUGCCUUGGACUCCUAGCGAGUAAAUGUGACAUUUUACAUCCGCCAACAUGUACGGGUGGACGUACAAAUGGUUUUGUCAGAACCAAAAUUUUUUAGAUGCAUAGAUAACCAAAUUUUCUUACCCAUGGUGCUCCGCUGCCUUGUUACCCAAUGUUUUACGCGCCAUGAAACAUGUUUCUUUUGCAACAUCACAAAGGCGUUCACAAGGCACCGGAUGAAUUUUUCACCGACAGAAAAAUUGGAACGGACACUUCGUUCGCUCGAAACUGUUCGAUAUUUUCACUCUGUUCACAAGGAACUUUGAACGGCUAGGCUUCCAAAUUUUCGUACGGUCAAGGAGUUUCCGUAUGAAGAGAAGGAAGCUCCUUGCCUAGUCCCUUUACGUCGUUUUACCAGUUCUCUCGGUCAAUUCACUUCGGUGACAUAUCCGAGGCGAACGGUCGGACCACAUGACCCGAAAUGCUUUGGCCGCGCGGAAUAAUGGGCGAAGUGUCCCAACUCAUUUUGUUGCUGAUUGUAGUUGCGCGCCAUUGAUAAAAAGAGCCAUUUCAAUGCUGACCGGUACUGGCAAAAAUUUGUGCUGACCUGUGGAAACAGUACUGUAACAGAAUUUGCACGGUCAGUCCAUUUAAACGGGUUGCACUGGUAAAAAAUUCGAGCGUUCAAAAAUUGGCCCCCUUCCCGUGUAAAAGGGGUAUAAAUCUCUUUAGCGUUACUUAAGUAUUUUGAUGGUGCCUUAAGUGUUUUGCUGUUAUGGCGACGUUUCAUGGUAAACAAAGUGAAGUGUUUGUGAAAAUCGUUUCUCUGAAGAUAGCAUGUAAUGAUCUAUACCUUGUGUUAAUGGUUUUGUUCUAAUUUCAGACAGCGAAAAUUCCUCUAAAAUCCAAUGUGUUUGUCUGGCCUCUGAUCGAUUGUCAGCACUGUGCAACGAUGCUGUAUGGUGUAAGAAAGUCACGUGUAUUUCCCGUGCUCUUGUGGCGUUGGCUAGUGGCAUUCUCAUUCUUCCUGAACAUUGUGCAAUCCCUGAGUCUGGAAAAGAAGUUCUUUUUCAGUUUAUCUUCAUCCCGCUGGCGGUACGAAAAACAGACGUUUUUAUCAAAGUCAUGAUUGUCAAACGUGUUUUCAAAUGAUAUAUUUUGUGAUGCAAGAUAUCAGUCUUAGCUGUAGCAGUAACAUAUGUUGUUGGAUUUGACAUAUAUUUUUCCCUUUUGCAAACGAUUGGGUUUCUACAUAUGUCACCCAUUUAGAGCCAUGUAAUGCAAGUUGCUUUUUCUGUACACUGUUCGUGUGUUUACGUCAGCACUGUUUGCAUUGUUUCCAAGCGUUAAAUCACUUGUAUUUCUAGCGCUUGGUUGAAUAGUCGAAAAGUUGGUUGUAUUUUCUACGCGUUUUUUACUCCCUUCAUUGAUACUCGUUCCACGUAGUAUCCACUUAUUCUUCUGCUUUACUGCUGUUAGAGCCGUUGUACAGCUUUGAAAACGAGCCUUGCUUUUACAAGAGCACCGACAACCAUUUAUUAAUACAGGUUAACAACUGUCAGUGGCUACAAAGUCCUUUACUUCUCUUGUCUGCAGAUGGUCCACUGUAACUUCGUGAAGGGAAACCAUCCUUGUUCCGCUGAGUUGACGUCUCAGCUCGAAUGCCUCGCCAAGGUAAUGCACUAUAGUAUCUGUUUUAAAGUCUUAAAAUGCCAACACCUUCAGACGACUUCUUUGACAGCAAGUAUAGGGGAGGGGGGGGUGGGGGGAGAGUUUCGCAAUGGUGACAGCACUGGCCUCCCACCAAUGUGGCCUAGGUUCACAUCCCGGCGUUGACACCAUUUGUGGGUUGAGUUUGUUGUUGUUUCGCUCCCCUGCUUCUAGAGGUUUUUUUUCAUCCGAGUACUUUGGUUUUCCCCUCUCCCCACAAACCACACUUUGAAAUUCCAAUCGAUCUGGAACGCACAGACACAAACGAGGUUUUAAGAACUCCUCAGUGUUUCGGGGUGAAAAAAAAAUACGUUUUAAGGGCUCUUGUGCCCUCAUUGUUUUAGAUAUUUGAUUUCUCUUCAAUUUUUAGUUUCUCAGUUUAGAUUGUUGUAAAAGUGUUGGGGAGUUUCAGUUCUUUCCUUUGGUUUGUUCUGCCAUCAGUCACGUUCAUUUGCUGUUAAACGCAGGUGAGCAAGAUAAUUAAGUUUCCUUGUGUUGAAGUUUCUUUAAGGAACGGUUGCAUCCUUAGAGAGUUUUAGAAUCAUGUCUACGGCAAACGGCAGAUUUAACGGAAUUUCUUAAAAUAGAAAAUGGCCACAUAAAAUCAGUCCAAAAUGUCAGCCCGAACCCGUGAAGGACGCUGGGGAGGGACACCCUCCUCUCUCUCUCUCUUUUACCAGCACCCCACCCCAGGUCAGGGUUGGAGACGGCUGACAUUCAGACUGCCCUUGGAUUUUUCAAACAAACACAUUCUUACUGUCCCUGUAUUUACCUUUCCUGAAUGGUAAUAUUUAGAGGUGAACAGUGUAUAGUUAAUAAGCUCUGUGUGUGUUCCUUAUUUACAGUGUGUGGCAGUUCAGACGAUAAGGGACUGCACAAUUUUAGUGACGAAACAGAGGUUGAUAUCACCGAUGAAGGUAAAUAACAUCAGUUAAUUUCACGGGCAAGGAUCAAAAUCUCUACUUGCCAUUACGCACACGCAUCUGUACCUCCUCAAUCACUCGUAAUCUUAUCACGCCCGUUUUAAUUUCCUGUCAGACUUAAAAUUUACAAAAAGCACAACGCUGUUGUAGCAAGAGCGUUUUGUCCCCCGAUAGACCACGCCCGCCUUCCCUACACUUUAGUUAGUACUAGUUGUGUGAAAACAAAACGUUAAAUGACCUCUACAACAGAGAGCUCAGGUUCACCCCUCGUGCUUUUUCCCGACUAUUCCUCCUGCUUCGUGCGUGUCUUAAUGACCUCGUUAUGGACGCUUAAGUUAAAAUAAACUCAGUUGUACGACAGUAAGGCAGAAAAUGAUGCUGGAAAACUGGAGUGGUCACUUCAUUUGCGUCCACGCUUGUUGUUUCCUACAAUUUUCUUUUACAUUGUCGAUGCAUUUUAUUUGCAGUUCAUUUACUCUUAAAACCUUUCCUUUUGAACAAGUAGUAUCAUUAUAAGGAGAAAUUUGGUACUAAUCACCAUAAGAGCUAAACGGGUUUAGGGAAUUGGCUACCUAAACCUUGCAGCCCUUUUUUUCUUUCACUUUUCUUUCUUUUUAACCAUUUUCUCUUUUUAGGAAUCCAAAUCGCUAGGAAAGCUUGCAACGAGAUUUCCAUUUUAGUCCAUCGCCUCCUCGCACUGAUGACGGCAUCCACUGGUGGAGGGGCCUCUUUCCCUCAGUUCCUUAUUGGUCCUUUUCAUAACGUAAUAGUUGGCUUGGCGAGGCAACCGCUGGUCAAUAGCUACGCACGGACUCCACCCCUGGUUUGGAAGAUGGGUUGGGCCCCAAUCCCUGAAGGACCGUUAAAAACCGAGCUUCCGCCACUACCAAUAGAGAUACUGAAAGAGAAAGAUGUGCUGGAUGAAUUUGUGAAAAGGGUUAAUUUAAUUGGUAAGCAAUUGUUCAGAAGGAAAAAACAACUUCAGUAAUACUAAGAGUGAAGACUGCAUAAUAAUAGCUUGAUUUCUUUGAAAAGUUUCGAUUUUCGACGAUUGUCAUCGGUUUUAGCUUACUUUAAUUUUUAAUUUUUGAUUUGGAAGUUUGAGGAAAGAGUCGGUGUGAAUUUUACUGCAUGUACAAUGUUUGUUUUGUGGAUCCUGCACCGUGAAGUGAUAAAUGAUGAGCGAAAAUCCACUUCUAUACUUUUAAUCCUGGGGUCAAUUUAAUAAAACUUUUAUAAGUGUAGCUAUUGUUUUCAGACUCUAAAAUAAUGACUACACUUGUAAAUUACAAGUGUAAAAUUUUUAUUAAAUUGACCCCUGGCUUAACCCUUUAAGCCCUAAGAGUGAUAAGCAUCAAAUUUCUCUUAGUAAUAUCAAUGCUUUGUAAAACAGAUUGGUGAUGAGAAUUACGGUCAUGAUCAUACAUGAUAAAUUUUCCUGAUAUUUUAUCAACUUCUCCCCACUACUUCUGUAGGAAAUGAAUAGAGGCAACAAAUGAGAAUUCAGAUUCAGAUUCAGAUUAGUGUUUAAAGGGUUAAUCUCCAUAGUUCCUUCCUUCUCCUUUUCCUUCUCCUCCUCCUUCCUUACAUUUUGGCGGGAACAUAUUUCCAUUUAGGCCAUGUUCCCGCUAUACCGGACAGCUUUUACGCCGGCACGAAAACCAUACCGGAUAGGGCUUCUAUUCGCACAUAAGAUCAGUCUCUGUAACGGAAACUGCGCUGCGCCUUUCUCGAAAGCGGUGCAUCAAAUAUGGGAUAGGUUUUGUGUCACACUUUGAUAUAGUGUGAACCGCUAUUCGGACCGUAGUAGAUGUGAAUAAGUAAAGCCAGGACUGGAAUCCAUUGAGACGGAAGUAAAUAUUCGGGAGUGAGGACUGGGAUUUAGUUAGUUCACCAUUCCCUCUCGGCAAACGGCUCCGGUACGAUGUUCGAUGUGUGUGAACAACUUGUUCCAGUUCUGUGCCGUUACUGUUUAUGCUACUGAUACCUGAUUGCUUUUCGUGUCGGCACGGAAAGCUCUCCUAUCCGGUAUUGUGUCAACAUAGCCUUAUUGUCCGUUCCAUGCUAUGUUUAGGCUGGACAUCAAGACAGCAGUUUGAGGAAACUUGGGCCGCUCUGCUCGGCGUUAUUAGCUCUCCUCCGUUACCUGAUACAGUGUCUACAGAGGUUUGUAAUAAAAUCGUUCUUCCUGUUAAACCCUUAUCAAGCCUAUCUCAUGGUUGUCGAUAAACACGCCCAAAGGCUCGGAUACUUGACAUUUACAUGGGAAAACCGGAAAUUCUGGUUAGUAAAUCAAUGGUUCACGCCAUUCUGUUUUGAAGCUUCAGAAAACGUGGGCUUUAAUUUGAGGCUAUACAGUUAUUCCACUCUUUUUAGUCUGCGUAGCUGAUUUCGAUAUACUUUGGAGGGGGUUGUUCUCCCACCAUGUCAAAGUUUGUAGUUUAAUGUUUAUGCACAAGAUUUCCAUCCACUUAAAGUGGGAAAGGGACAGUAAGUAAGGCAGUGUGGAUAGAUGGUAGGAGAACACUGAAAACAAAAAAAGGAAAACAUAAAGCAACAACAUCAACAAAAAUUAGCUCAGAAUCGGUACUUUCAUUUUUAGCAACCAUCCUUAAGUCUAGUUCUGAUGAUGAAUCUCAUCAAGUUGCCUCAGCUAUGGUCAAAUUGUCCUACAAACUGAGAAUCCCGCAUUUGACAUUGCGUUGGAUUCCAUUAUAAUUUUCUCUUUUGAGAUAAUACGAGUACACAAUCAAAAUCGUUUAGCGUCCCCUUUCUUUCUCUUUUGUAGGAAGACAUGGAGUCAACGCAUUCUUGUUGUUUGGCAGUUCGCUGUAUAUCAGCACUGCUGCUUCAGACAACCUUGUACCCAGUUCCAGGGAACCCAACCAUCAGUGCCUAUCUUCACAGACCGAGACACAGGGACCUGCCGUUCCUGGGCAGCAGGUUUGAUAUAAAUUUCAAUAUUAUGUAAGGUGAUUCAGAUAUUUUGCUUCUCAUGACCAAAACCACGGAGAUAACUCUAAGGGAAACACUUUCCACCAGCACAGUACUCUGCAGUGUGUCUUUUAUGAGGAGACAUCUUCACUUGAUGCCCAGAAAGUUGUGCCAUGUGACAAAAGGAGGCCACUUCCCUUAAGUGAUUGUUCCGAUUGCAUAUGAAAUGUUGAAACCUCCCUUCAUCUCUCUCUCCUAGGGCAGGCAAGAAACUUACGUUUGUUAGAGGAAUUGUGGAAGAAGAGUUUGUUGCUAUGUGCUGUACAGGGUAAUGUUAUUAAAUCUUAAAUCACUUAAUGCUAACUCGGCUAACUUGGGUUAUUGCUAAUUUCGCGUCAACAAAACAAAGCCAAGCUGGACAAAAAUAGCCGCAACGCUUAACGCUGAAAAACGGGAAAAGCGCGGAAAAAGUCACACCCGGACUUUGGCUUUAUUCUUAAAUUGUCAUCCAUUAAACUGGUGCGAAAAUUUGUAACAGCAAUCACCAUAAUGAAAAAAAGUUUUCUUGGCGAAAUAAAUGCAAAAAAGAUCUUCGUAGUUGAAGGUUUGUCAUAGCAUAGGCUCUUUUAUUACUGAUCGUAAUCACUUUGUAAUUGAUCGUGGACAAAAACUUAGUGACUGUCGCGAGACAAACGACCUGUCAAAAGUUUUGACGUUACUGGUACACCCAGCUUUAUGUUUGUUAUUUCUUACUGUAUGACAAAUCUAAUUUUCAUGGGUCCCUGCUAUUUUCGAAAUUCUCAGGGGUGAAAUAAGGUUUCCAAAUGUUAUGUUUUUGUGUUAGCACUGGCAGGUCAUUCACCUCCGACGAGGAACUGAGACCAGAGCGCUGUGCCAGCAUUCAUCGAUCCAACGGCUUCAUGUGUUUAAACAGCUCAAGUUCUAUGUGGAUCACCAACAGGAUGCUGUUUGAUCAUCCGCUCUAUGGACUCAACAUAGAUCGCGUGCUAGGUUUCCAUGACUACACUUUAGGACAGGUAUUAAAGCUAUAAGCAACUGAUGCUUAGUUAGCUUUUGUUCAAUAGCUGCAAUCCUGGCCAAAACUCUUGGUACAGUAAUGCAGUAUUCGUGAUUUUCUGUAAUUUCUGGCUGCCCUUAUAAAACAGUGCAACCUUUUAAAAAAUAUCUUGCAGUUCUCCCUCGCCACACCCGAUACAAAGUUGAAACUGAAAACAAUUCUGGAUACACACGUCCAUCCUUGUUUGUGGGGUGGGGGAGAGGUUGGGCAUGUGUGAUUUAAAGAGAGCCUCUCCUAUGCCAAUGGAAUGUCCAAGACUUUUGUCCAUGAUUGAAAGUACGAACGCCACAAUUUGAAAAUAGCUUGCUUGAUUGAGAUCCUGCCGUAUCUCAAGAUGUGAGAAUGAAUGAUUGAAUGAAUGGAAGUUUAUUUAAUCUCGGGAUUGAUGAGGUUGGUUAGAGCUCUAGCAAUAAUAAAAUAUGCUAAUAAGCCGAGAGAAAACAAAUUAAUAAAAUUAUUGAUUAGUAAAAGAGAAAGAAACACUUAUUUACAAUAUAAAGCCAAGAUUAUACAAUAAAACUAUUUACAAUAAAAUGCCUAAUUUUUGAUUUACAAUCUGUGUUUUUUUUGUGUGUUUGUUUUCUGGGAUACGGCCUGUGAAAGUAUCCUUACUCUUUGCUAAACACAGUUUGUUAUUUACUAUUUUCCAGAUCUCUGUUGGCGCUCUGUUCAAUCAAGCACAAAACGAACUUCAAGAACGAUAUGACAGUGAAGAUGACAGUGCUAUUGUAGUGACGCUACCGCGCAUGCCUCAACCCGAAAAACUUGACAUCAAAUCUUGCGAACAGUUCCUUCUUGAACUUUUUGAACAAUGGAUGUCACCGUAUAUUCAACCAAAGACUCCUCUGGCGCUUUUGUCUGAGUCAACGAAAGCGGUGAGUCGGAGAGUGGUAACUAGUAUACAUGUUGACUCAGUCAACAGUCAGGACUUGAAAAAAAAGUUGAAUUCCAGCUUGCCCUUCGGACAAGCCCUUCUCACAUGUUGCUUAGCCGGAGUCAAUGAAUGUGCACCUUAGUUUAUGAUUUAGUUAGAAGAUGACUUGCUCUGUGAGUUGCAAUUCAUCUAAAACGGUGCAAGCGCUGAAAUACUGUCCAAUCGGUUACACCUUUGGUGGUUUUGUACGCGGCGGCACGCAGUUAUAAAUAAAACCAGCUAGAAUAGAUCUUUUUAGUGACUUUUGCGAAAUUUGAAUAGGACAAUUGCUUGUUAAAGUCGUUUUACUACAACCAUCAGAAUCCUUAAGUUUGUUGUUUUCUUGUGACAAUAAGGGUUACUGUUUUUCAAGCUUCAGCGCGGUUGGCAAAUUUUAAUUAAGAAAGCAAAAAUGAAAUGAAUUCUUGUAGUAGUAGUCAAAUGUCGUCAUCUUGAAAUAUUUGUCAUAUAAAACAAAGCGGAAGAGGAAAUUUUACACCAGUUCUUGAAAGUCACCCCUUGUUUGACAUUUUACAAAGUCUCGUUAGCUUACCUGCUUCCUGAAAGAGGAAAGCGGAAAUUCAGAGCUGAACUGAUAAGUUACAGAUGUUUGAACGAACAACGUUAUGGAGUAUACUUAAAAUCACACAAACGUCGGUAAACUUUUCUGUUUUGAAUUUCAGUACUCCUUCUUAAGCAAGUUGAUAUGUAAACAUACGAAACUUUCAUGGUUACCAAAAAGGAGGUGCUCUUUCAAGUGCGUUUAUGAAUUAUCCGCGGCGUUUGAUAAUACGUUUUAUUUGUUUCAUGUAAAAUCUCUACAGUAUACUGGAACCUGCGACGUUUGAAACGAGGAAUAUACAAGUUAUCUUUCCCUACAGUGUAAACUAGUCAACAGAGUGCUACAAUACUUGUCACAAAUCGUUCACUCUUCACACCUUUGUUCUCACUCAAAUGUGCCCCUCUCCUUCUCCAAUGUUGAGCAACGCGUAUUUUAAAGCACUAAGACGAAUGUAAUACCCAAAUCAACACUGGGGAAGGGAAAACGCGCGUAAGUGUUUCAAGAUUUUUGACGAGUAUUGUAGGCUAGUUGACACGAGCCUAGCACUUAGAAUCAAAUUUAAGCUACGUUUACACUGCACUGGACGAAUUUUCGACGGGAUGAAAGAUUUGGGUUGGACACUUCGUUUACACGGGACCGUUCAAUAGUUUCUCUUUGUUCACACGGAACUUUGAACGGCCAGGCGUCUAAAUUUUCGUACGGUUAAGGUGAUUCCGUGUGAACCGAACGCCUAAACGAGUGUUCAGUCGGCCAAAAACACGUCCAGUGUCCUGUGAACGUUGUUCAAUUCAUUUUUUGUUAUUUGUGCGGUAGCUGCUGGUGUUAUCUGACCUGUUUGUGGACGGCACACACUUUGAGUGGGUACUGGAUACUCUGUUAGAGUUACAUCACAACCACGCUUCUGAAGACGACUUGCUGAUUCAAUAUUUGCUGCCGACACUAUGCAAAGCUCUUGCUUUUCUUAAGACGGUAAGCUAUAAAGACAUCUUGGUUUCGUCGCUACGUUUUUACGUGUCUAGCAUUGCUCGAGGAUACUACAGUCUUCGGCGGAAUUGUUAAGAAAAAUGGACGUUGCUAUUUCUAGUUUCAAAAUUUUGCUCAUUGCUUUUAAAGCUAUUCACGGCAUGGCACCUGAUUAUAACGAUAUGUGUCAACAUGGCAUUUAAAAUUUGAAGAGAGUCAAGGCUGAAUAUUUUACUGGGUAGAUUGUGCUCUACCAGAAUGCUCUACCACCAAGUGUUGGGAGUAUCUUGCCGCUUGGAACCACAAGCAUCAUAGGUCAUUCUCCUGCUGAUCAAUUUGCAGAUUAAAACAAGCUUUUAAUCUGUAGUAGAGUAUUUAUUCCGUUUAUUAUAUUAUUAUUCUUAUUAUUAUUAUUGAUAUUAUUAUUAUUAUUUUAAUCUUUUAACUGCUUGUAAAUUUAUUCGUUUUUAGUCUUUGUAAAGCGCAUGUGAUCAUACUUCAUGGAUAAUCGCGCUAUUUAAGUUUUAAUUAAUUGUUAUUGUAAUUGUAAAGCUCUUUAACCCUGGAAGUUACAAAUACUUCCCUCUUCCCCCUCACACUUCACAACGUCGAAGUCCGGCUGGAUCAUUUUUGCCGGCCCGGCAUUGAUUAGGGUGGGGUGGAUGGGAUGGAGGAAGGGGUCAUUGUAGUAAAUAAUCUGCAGGACGGGGGUCUUGUUAGUAAGAAAAUGUUCAAUUCAUAACAUACCUCUCUUUGUCCAAGAUUAAGGGUAUUCGCUAGUAGACAGAACAUUUAAUUUAUAUUCUCGUUAGUAAAAGCAAUAUUUUGUUUUCAGGAAGGUCCGACAGCUGAUAGAGUCUGUAAGAUUUUAGAAUCCUCACUAAGGAGCCCACAUGUGCCCCUUCAGGUAAAAUAAAUUAGUGUCAUUUUGAGUGUCAAGCGAAAAAAAGACUUCCUUUCGUCAUUCAAUCUGAAGUUACUGUGAAGUCGUCAAUAGUGAACUUGCGCAACAGGACGGGAGAGGAAAGAAGAAGGCAAACUUUGUGUGACAAUUGUGACAAUAAUUAUUUAUGAAAAAAGUUUCUGCCGAACUUCACCUUCCUUAUAAACAGAACUUUUUGUAAAAGACCGCAAAACAUUAAUGGUAAGUGAAAAUCACGACAAAACACCUAAGUGAUAGACAGCCCUAUCACCUUUGUCACACGCAACCGCUUUGCCGUCAGCUGUACCGUCCUUUACUUCUUGCCGUCCUGUUGCGUAAGCUCACUAAUAGCUAUUACAGGACUCCAUAAACUACAGUCAUCUCUCGCUUUUUGCACCUUUACCCAGGCUUAAUCUUUCGGUCCUGCAGACAGGCCAACUUAUUGAUUUUCUCCCCUUUGUUAGUCUUUCUACUUUCCUUUUUGUUUUAAAAAAGUAUUCCCAAAGGCGUUGUUGCAAACUGCGAAGAAGGAUAGGUGAUUAACAACUUCACCAUGCCGUGUUUUGAGUUCUUUAUUACAUUUUACAGGAAUUUACUAGUGUUUUAUGUUUAUUUCCAGAUCUCUGCCCUCUAUGGCGCAAUGUAUUUGUUAGAGUUCCACGUGACUUCUGUAGGAGCCACGUUGCUACCUGUACUUACCGACUUCAUGAACAAGAAGCUUAACACUCUGAAUGGGUAAGAUAAACUGCAGCAGUGUCUUUCUCUUGAAAAUUCUUCUUUCAAUUGAAAUAGGUGGUUUUUUUCUUUCACCUAAUAACCAAUCCAGGGAUGUGUUGUGUGACAAGUUGUGAGUGAAGCUGCAUGGUUAGUAGCCCCUCUAUUCAACUUGUGUCGCGAUGAGAGCCUGCAUCGUGAGUAGCAGUAAGCGCUUGCUAAACAUAUGUGCAACAAGUAUCUUGUAACUUAUCUCUCAAAAAAAGGCUUAAGCAACCAAAACGGGGACGGCAACAUCAACGGCAACCUCAAAAAGUUUGAUAGUGGACUGAAACACACGACGACAAUAAUAAAUUGUUUAUUUAUUAAUAUAUUUUUCAACGCUCUUUCGCCGGCAUCUGGUAGGGAACGUGAAUGUACUCUAUAUAAAUGUCGUUUUCGCUGCCGUCUCUGUUGCGACUGCGUGUUGUUAAAGAUUAUAAGAGAAAUAAGCUUUGGCAUCUCGGGAUUUUGACAUAGAUAGUAAAAAGACUGUCCAUGGAUUGUGAUAAUGCAAAUGUUUUCUGUAUUUCCCGACUAAGGAGUUUUUUUCCUUCUCAGCGCGGUGUCCCUGGCGGAGCAUCACUUGUUAGUUAUGUGGUCUACGAUAUUUUAUUUGUUGGAGAGAUACGCUGAUGAAAUCAGUGACCAAGAAUUCAAGGCCAACAUUCUCAAGGUACUGUUCAUUUAAUUGGCGGCACGAUUUUUGGGAGGGUUCGGUGAUGAAGUGUGUGCUUUUCAAAGCCUAUUACUGUGGUCGAAAUUGAUUUAUAAUUGUUUUGCUAAAUAUACGUCUAUUAGCUUGAUAGAAGAGUUUAUGUAUGAAAUCGUCUACCUUUUUCCCUCCAAAAAUUAAGUAUAGAUUUGUGGUUUAACCGAUUUCUUUUACCGUUUAUUGUUUGAGUAAAUUAAAAGUAUGUAAACGGAAGCUUGGCUUUUAGGUUUGGCUAAAUCUAUAUAUCAGUUCUGUUUAUGGCGAUUUCAAUUCACAGAGUGCGGUUCGUCUCGCGUCGUCAAACGAGGACAGCACUCCCACAUGUGUUUACCAUGCAAUCAUGCGCGGACUGGAGAGAUUAGUGGUGUCAUUUGCUCUUUCAAGUGCAGAGUCUGAUUCCUUAGUCAAGCUAAGUGUUGACAGGUGAGUGGGGUGGGUCCGACUCUUUGGUAUCGAUUGAUCUUAAAUUGAAUCAUUUUGCUAUCUUUGAUCUCACAGAGCCUCCUAGACUGUUCACAGUCUCCUAUUGUUCUGUAAGAUCAUCGGUAUGGAGCACCUAGUACAGAUAGGUCGGGCCCCCACGAGGUUUUUAGUGGUGGGGAAAAUAGAUAUUUUUCGUGUCUCCUCCCGAACCGUUUUCCGCCCACUAAGUAAAUUUGAUACUCAUCCUCAGGCUACAUUCGGUACAUUUGAAACCAAGAUGGCCGCCCGAUAAGCGCUUUAUCUCGGUGAUCUUGUGGAAAAUUUGGAGACUGUUAACAGCUAAGUGCCUCAUCCCACCGUAACUGCUCGGUCUCGAAGUAACUUUGACCCUUUCUCAGUUUUUUGCUAAGAGUACUGGUGGUCGAGAUGGCUGCCGUUCACGGUCAACUGCCUAAUUCCACUAGCCGUAGGCUAUCUAUCUCGCUUUAAAAAGUUUAAGAAUACAAGCUUUUGAAAUACCGUCUUCAACAGGUGAAUUGAUUUUUCCCCUGCUAUCUUUUCAAUUAUUAAUGAAUUGUACAUCAAUUGUUGUAUUACAGAUUGUCAAUGCAGAACCCUCAAAGAGCCAUAUCUGCUUUGGGUUUACUGGUCACUUGCAUGUAUACAGGUAAGACAAAAAAAAGUGUUAUUUACCCUUGUGUAAGGUGUAGCUAUGGGGAACUUGAUGUCCAUCCUUUUGUGUUGGCAGGAAAAAUUGGCGACAGACCAAGUGGAAUAUACCCUCAGCCGGACACUACGGAAUUUCCAACAGAAGACAUACUUCUCAUAGCCAUGGAGCGCGUUACUGUUCUUUUUGACAGGUAUGUACAAAAGCAAUUUUACAUUUUACAAUAACUGAACGAUUUCUUGCUCACUGAUUGGUGGAGAGCUAUGGCCGAUGACAGUAAAGCCAUGGAAGUGACGCGAUGGUGGCGCAAUUUGUUUUUGUCUUUGUCGCGCGCGGGAUUUUCCGAGAAAAUUCAAUAAAAGUGGACGUAAAAACCUUCAAUAUUAUUGUAAAAAAAAAUCGAGAACAAUUUUCCACUGUCUGUACUCUUGUCGACUAUAGAAAUGAGGUCAAAGUGUUUAUAAAAAAAUUUUGCAGUUUAACCACUCGCUAGCUUGCGCCAAAGACGAAACUCAACUCUGGUUAAGUCUGUCUGCGAAACAGCCUUGAAAUCCUUGUUGUUCCCCCCCCCGGUGUACCAGGAUUUGAGAACGUGCCAUCAUUGGCCUGUUAAAAAGCCAUUGUGGAUUUGCCAAUCAGGAUGAAACGAAAUUCGUAACGCACUUCCGGUAAUUUGUUGAAUCCGUUAGGGGCCCAGAACAAAGAUCUCGGCGCUGCUUUGCAGACGUUACCAACCAAGGUUAACUUGCGCCUGCGACGCAGGUCACCCACUCGCCUGUGGCUGGAGGUUUACAUAAGUUUUGUGAACAUUUUGACGUCAUUAUUUUGGUCGGCAACAGCAAAGACCAAGAAAAAUUGGUGUCGAUUUGUUAUUUACACACACACACGCCCAAAAAAACAUCUUUGGAGCUACUGUUGAUUGUUGGCCCAUGAGUGGCCAUGUUUUUUGGCAAUCUAAAACUGAUCUCUCACGCUACUCUGAAGUUUCUCUUACUCCAACUGUUGUUACUGAUUAUUUAUUUACUUGUUCGUAACAUUCUUGUUGUAAUUCCGUGCAGAAUACGCAAAGGUGUACCGUCUGAGGCGAGAGUUGUGGCGAGGGUUUUGCCUCCUUUGUUGCUUGAUUUCUUUCCUGUUCAGGAAAUCAUGAACAAGGUGAUUGGAGAGUUUCUUUCCAGUCAACAGCCUCAUCCUGAAUUAAUGGCGCAAAUUAUAUUCAAGGUAAGUGAAGUACUUUGCUUUUGCUCAGUAGAGCCCAUUAAGGUAUCCUUGUCACAAAAUUCCUUUAGUCUUUUAUUUACGUUUAAAACAGGGGCAUUUCUUCAUUUAAGAUUAUUCUGAAGUUCUGUCGCAACUGAUUUAUUUGUUAUUCUUUAUUCGCAUUUAUUUUUUAACGGGAAUAUAUCAGUCCACAGUUGAACUUGUCCCUCUCUAAUUAUUGGCCCUCUCAAACAAACAAUGUCCGCCCCUCUCCCUCCUCUCAUCAGGGACGGACCAUCAGAAAAGUUAUGGAAGAAAGGGAGAGAGGCCAGGUUGUGGAGGGGGGCGGGGCGUUUAGAAGUACAAAAAAAAAAGUAUUCGUACAUGGAUUUGUAAAUGAAAAAAAUGAUGCACGGCGAAGAGCGCUAAAAAUAUAUGUUUCUGCAUUGGCUUUAAAAAAUAUUCUUGCAAGAAUAUAUAUUAACGGAAAAAAAAAAUUCAUACAACUCGAAAAUUCCUUACCCCUUCCCCCCAACUCUUUUCUAGUGGUCGGUCACUUUGCUGGGUGAUAAAAAAUUUGACCCACCGCGGCCCCCCCUUUUUAAGUUAAUAGUUAAUAUACUUUGCUGUAUUCCUCCUAUUAGGUGUUUGAAGGUCUUCAUAGUCAAGGACAACAGUCAGAAGUGAGAGACUGGGUACUAUUGUCACUUGGAAGUUUUAUCCAGCGGUUAGUAAUUUGUCUGAGUGCUAUUGUAUGUGGUGUUUAUUUAUUCAUUUAUUUUUCAAUUGCGGAUUACUUUGUUUUUGCCUUGCGAGGAAUUUCUAAACUAUGGUGACUAUUCACACUCGUUCCGCGCUUUUUUGUGGGCUAUCUAUAUUACAAAAAAUGUAGAUAGUACUAUCCACUUGGCCCCAGUUGUUCAAAAGGUGGAAAGCGCUAUCCACUGAAUAACGCAAUUGGUUUCCCUAAUACUUAUCCGCUGGAUAGCGAUUUAUUCGGUGGGUAGCGCUAUCCAACGUUUGAACAACCGGGGACUGAUAAAUCACUAUCUAGUAGAUAAGUAUUCGGGAAACCCAAUUGCCAUAUCCACUGGAUAAAGAUUUAGCCAAUGGAUUGCGUUAUGCACUUUUUGAACAACGGAGGCCUGGCUUGUAGCUCACGACACGACGUUCAUGUUGGUCGACAAGAACAGAACCUUUUUUUUUUAUUCAAAUUCUGCGGGAAAAAAAAUGAUUCUUUCGACCAAUAAGGCUGCCAUGUGCUGAGCGUGGUUGAUUUCUUUGUAAAACAGCUAGGUGAGAUUUUCUUUGUAGUUAUGUCUUUGCUGCUCCUGUAAGGAGGAAAGACAAACUGCUAACUGCUAUACCUCAAAAUAAGUGAAGCCGUAAGAUUGACCUGUAGGUCACGAGAAUGAAAAAAUAAGAGAUGAAAUCUUCAUUUUAAGCAACUUCUGAGUUCUCGUAUCCAGAUUUAUAUAAAAUGUGUAGAGAAUAGUAUGAAGAAAAUAGCGGUCAUGCUGAUAUUAGGGCUUAACAGUAGCCUUGCAGCUCUUCAAAACCUCUUAUUUAAUUGGAUCCCUAUUGGUCGCAGCUCUUUUGCUUUCGGGCUUGGUUCCAUUGUUAACUUUGUUUGUUCAUUGUUUUCCCAACCAAUCCCGUGCGGUCCUCCGAGAGCUGCAAGGUCGCCCGGGCUUAAAUAAUUUUUUUCUUCGCCCAAGGUCGUCUCCAUUGAUACAAUGUGAUUUGUUGGUUGUUAUUUUUGUGGCAGAACACCACUGUCCAUGGCUGUGUGGAGCCUCGCCUGUUUCUUUGCCAGUGCGUCGAGUAACAAGUGGAUCAGAGCUCUGUAUCCAAUCUAAUACCCAAUUCUGUUUUAUCUUUUCACUGUUUUACGUUUUUGUUUUGUUUUGUUUGUUUUGGGCAUUAUAAUAAAUCAUAGAUAUGUUCUUAAGAGUUGAAGGGGCUAUGUCAAGCUAUUUGCUAUAUUUUAAAAAGUUGAAACUUUUCCCUGCAACAAUUGCAUUCCAAAAAUAAUGGUCCACGUUUGUUCUGUCGCCUUUUGCUAAGGAUGUCCAUGAUCAUUAUCAACGUUGCCAUAGUCUAUGUACAGCCGCUCCCUCCCCUCAGAAAAAAUCGGGAAAAGGGAAGGGAGGAAGGCGGCUGUACACAGGCUUCGUUACCACUGUUUCCAUUAAUUUCCUUGUGAUGGUUAUUCGCCAUUUGCACAUGUACGAUAAUGCAAAUUGCCCUCUACAAAUUUUGCAUAAGCAUUGUCUUUAAUUUCUGUUGGGACGACUGAAACUCCGAGGAGAUAUUAAAAACAACUGGUAUGCAAAAUAUUGGGGGGGUGGGGCUGGUGGGGGCUGGGGUACGAUGGUGUUUAUGAGAGAUUUGCAAAUGAAGACUACGGUAGGAAUUCUUGUUACCACCUUGUUGUCACUUCUAUUGGUUUGAUUCUUGACCCUUGUACCAGCUUCGCCCAUAUUGUACGAAGAAUGGGUAAACUAGAAAGUCUGGACGUCAAGUUAUUUUGCGCAACAGCCAUGGACUUCUACAGAACACUG